UCGUCCUGGAUUGAAAGAUUUUCUCCUUUAUUUGAGCUGGAUCCUCUCUUUAGAAGGACGUUUCUCCUAGUAGUUCCUGUUCAUGUGUUUGGUAAAAUUGCCUCUUCGGGGGCUUUUGCAUCCGUUGAAAUAUACACCACGCUUGCCAAGGUCUUAUUUGGAAAGAGCUACUUAGUGGAAAAGGAGGUACCACUUUUACGAGCUUUGAAAUUUAGGAUUAGUCCAUGUUGACAUAUCGAUAAGCUGCAAGUUGCUGAUCUCGAUUUUAUUUCAAGUCUUUAAGUAGCAUAUAUUAUAGAAGCAAGAAAACAUAAUUAUCCUCUGUCGAUAGAAUGUAAUACUUAGCAAUUUCAUUUCCGGGUGCGUUCGCUGGCGCAUGUAAACGUAAAGGUUGAGCAAGGUUCAACUUUUACGUUUACGCGCGACCUUUCAUACAUUGCCUCUAUUUUAUUUACGCACGUAAACAUUACGCAGUAGUGGAAACCACCCUAAAGAGCGAGCGAAAAUGCCUAACCACCGUCUUUGUUAAAGCUAUGCGUCCGAUAAUUUUUCAGUUAUUGAACAUUGAUUUUUUUGAGCCUAGGCUGGUUAAAAUAUUAUCGUUGAGAUUUAAGUACAUCGGAAACUGAGAAACAUAGACGUUACCAGGCUUUUUCUGGUAAUGGUCUCUUUCGGUGUAGUCAGUGCGACGUGUGUUGGUGAAAAUAUAGUUUUUGUAAUGGUUUUUUGUUCAAUUUUUGUUGGAAUCUCACGUUUUCUAUUUUAUCUAGUGGGAGGCAGUUGCCACCAGCUUAAAGAUGGAUUUCAAGACAGUCCAUAAAAUGACAGCUAAAGAGUAAGACUGAUUGAUUUAUGCUUUUUAUUGAAUUUCAAACUGGUUUCAAACCAGUAGAACCAGUCGUUUGUGUAAAGGCUACUCUGAAUUAUUACUCAUUAUGAAAAAGGUUUUCUGUAAGCAUGUGAUACUAUAGUCAACUCCCUCUUAACGGACAUCUCGUGUUGGUCCCUGCCGGUUUUUGAGACAUUUUACUAUAACUAUAAGACGGACAACGGACACCGUGAGAAGUGCUCUAUGCAAUAAAAAAUACCUCAAAACCAUGGAAAUGUAGGUGCUCUACAUCACCGUAAAUUGCAAAAUUUCUUAUAUUUUGUAGUCUUUCUCCGGUUCGUAGUAUAGAGUGUAUACUGUUUCGCUUUUUGACCACGAAGCCGUGAACUUUUGCUUGUAAUAAACGUUUGAUUUCUUAAUAAGAAAAUGAUUCCUCUUUUCUGUUACAGUGUUCCAGUUUUAGCUGUUUCGCACAAGUUAAACAGACGUGUCUUUAAUGCGCAUGGGUUCAGCUUAGUUUUUACUGGUGUCACGUUACCUUGACUCUCUUAUAAGCCGGACACUUUUCUAAGACGGACAGUCGGGGCCGGUCCAGAAGGUGUCCUUCUUAAAGAGAAUUGACUGUGUUUUCAAAAAAGGAGUGAUUGGCAAGUUCCUAUGUUUAAUUGAUGUUUAUGCAUCGUAAAAUUUUAAAUUUCUUUUUCAAUAGGUUUUCCUUCCCAGGUGAUAACGUCGUCUGGAAUCAAGAAGUUGUUCUCUGCUGCAUUUCCUGCCUACGCAUUAUAAGGGCUGUUUGCAGCUCUAAAUGCAGUAUGCAAGUGCUGCGUGAUGGUUUACAUAGCCUUGAGUCUUGCAUCUCUAUGCUUUUGAAGACCGCUGUGACAGAGGGGGAAGAAGAGGAAGCGUUUAAUAAAGUUCAGAAAUUUUUGGCGGACUGUUUUGAAAUCAUCAAUAAGUGGUUGAAGGAGAACUUGCUCCCUGGAAUUCCUUGCUACCUAAAAGAUGAAGCUGAGAAAGAACUUAAGGUAUAUUUAAAAAUAUAACACAUUUAACAUAAAAAAAUUAUCUUUAUUUCAAAGCGAAAUUUACAAUUUACAUUUAACUUGAUUCUUGUUGUAAAGAAUUAAAUGUCCUAGCGCUGAUUAUCGCGGAGGAAAACAAAACAGGAAGAGUUUUUUAAACCGUUUUAUACACCAGAAAAACGCUUAAGGCCGCCCUAAGGCUAGGUAAAGGCCAAGAAAAAGGCGAAGAAAAGGCCAACUUCAGUUUGUGUUUCGGCGUUUCUACGGGAUAGAAAGGUGUCAUGACAAGAAAUUUACCCGAUAUUUUUACGGAUGGAUUUGUAGGUCUGGACCGACCUGCUGUCUCUGGAAUGGACAAAUGAAAGAUGCGAAGAGCUUUGGAGAGGCCGCCUGUUAGAAAUGUUGAAAGUGCGCUUGGAAGUGGUAGGGUUACAGUCAUUUUUUAUAUGAAAAGAAAUUUAAUCUAAGCUGUUAUAAUGUAAUCUCCUUACCCUAGCUGUGGUACCUGCAUUUCCAGUACAUUAUCCUUUGCAGCCUCGUAUCGGCUGUGUAUGCAAGAAAACUAUGAACCGGUCCUAUUGGUCUUUUAAGGUGUCGACUUCAUUGAUAAAAACAGGUUAAUAUGGAUUGGUUUCUCCUGAUUCUUAGAGUGACAGUAACGGCCUUGUGGAAGUCUUUAGCAAAACUAAUGUGGCUGCUCAACACAAAUGCGUUCAAGACUUGGUGUCCGAAGUGACAUUCCAAAGAGUGGAGGGCAUGCUCCAGGUAAAAUGUGUUUGAUUACUCAGUAAAAUCGCUAACAUUCAUUUGUUAACUAAGGUCACGUGACUGCUUUGCAACCACGCACUUAAGACUGAUGAAGACUGAGCGAUUCAGUGAACAAAUUUAUUACAUUUCCAUUCUGUAAUGUAUUGAAGCUUACGUCAGCGGAACGUGUAAUGAAUUUUUUCGCUUCUAUUUGUUGAAUAAGUGUAUGAACUGUCAUUUUGACUCAGGCAAGGUAAUGGUAGAUCGCUUUUAACUGUGAAAGACGAAAAUAACAGUUUUUAAUGUAUUUUAUUUCUUGCCAUUACAUCACGUGUUCUGAUUUGUUCGCGAGUGGUUCGGAAUUCUACGAUCCAGACUCCGGCCCCGAUUCGCGCGCAGCUCUGCCCACACACAAAAAAACAAUCUAACAGUUUUUCGUACUAUUUUUUUAACGUUUUUUGUUUCAUUUUUACAAAAAAUAUAUAAAUAAAUAAGAAAAUGGAAAAACUAUUUUUUUUAACAAUUUAUUUGGAGGUAAAUGACUAUUACAGUAUUUCGUUACAAUGAGUGACAACGAAAGCUUUCGUGAUGAAUGCUAGUUUCAUCCUCAAGUUUUUCUUAUAAUGUCGUUUUGUUAGAAAUUACUGAUCAGUUCAUGGGAGAAUUAUGAGCUGAAAAUACUACCAAGAAAGCAAACUUUGGUUUGGAAGUGCAGCAGAGGUUCUGUGACAGUGUCAGGAGAGAUCGAAAACCAGAAAACAUAAUUGCAGACGAACUAAAAGUUUCUCCUGUUUCGUUAAAAUCGAUGUACACUCAACCUCCACUAUCGGCCACCUCUCUACAACGGCCCCUUUGUUUGGUGGACAUUCCAUACAUUGGCUCUUGUUUAAACCUCUCUACAAAGGCCACUUGUUUCUGUCCCAAAGGUCACCGUUGCGGACAGGUUCGACUGUAUAUUGUACACCGGUUAAGGAUUACUGCGGAUGAACGGUAACCCAACAAUUCAAAGGACGUCGAUCACGGGAUUUUACGAUCUGGGCCUAUCCGAAUCGGCUUGCACAUACCAUUAUAUUAUGGUGACAUGUUAGUUUUAACGUAAUUUAUAUGCAUUUUAUUGAUGACCUUGAAAGAUAGAGCUACGUGGUUGAUUUCUCCAAUUUCUCUCUCAGAGGGGAACUGAACGUGAAGAGCUCUUUAAGAACCUUUCGGAGUAUGGCCUUGGAUCUCCUCAAGCUUCAAAGUGCGGUGAACUCUUAACACUGAUGCUUACCCAUUGCUGGCCUAAACCACAAGGAGGUAUUCCCCACUCCCGUAGAAUGAUUCUCCAGCAAGUACUGACCUGGAGGUUAUGGCCUUGCUUUUUCCAGAGAUUUGGUAAGACUAUAAUUGGAUUCGUUUGCGUAAUCCUUUUUAGCAGAAGACUUUUUCAGCGUGCGAUUUAACUGUUAGUAUAUGCAUUUAUUGGUGCCAAAGUUGACCGUAAGACGUGUGAAAGCACUGUGGUGUACUAUUCGUUUACAUCCACAUGGAAACGUCUGUUACGUAAAAAACGUGUUAUUACCUCUUAUAAAGAGGUAUAGUAGUCUCUUAUGAGUUUGGUUUUUGUCACACGGGACUACAUUUCUGUUGUAUUAGGUGGAAAAUCGUAUGUUGUUUUCUGAUUUGUCGAGUUCAAGGAGUUCUGCAGGCAUAAACAUAGUAGUGAUUUCUUCAGAGAGGCAGCUGCAAAAACUGCAUAGUAAUGCAAAAGUUCUUAUUCUGUAAACUUCAUUGGAGUGACUAGAUGAUGCUUUACGAAUUCUUUGUUUUUAUUCUGUGUUUCCUCUCGGGACCCGGUGUUUCCCUUCGGGUUGGUUGAUAAACCAACAUCGUUUCAACGUUUCAACAGGCUGAAUAAAUUCAAAGAAGAAAGCAUUAUGAAAGAGAGUGUGUAAAAGCUUAAAAGCACGGUAGUUUUGCCCUUUUUGUACGGAGAAAACCUUAAAGCGCUAUCAAUCAAGCGUUUCGCUGGUGGCAAAACACGAGAUUCCUUAUCAUUGGUGCAGCAAGCUUCCAUUCUGUUAAAUAACGAUUUGGUCAGGUUCUUAGGAUAUACAUGUAUGCUUUCCUCUGGAGGGAGGAAGCAGCUCAUCCAAAAGGAGGUACCCCACCUAAUAUAACUAGAGGCAUAUCGAAAGGGACCUGGAUCCUGGCUAAAAGAGUUAAAUUUCACUUUUCUUCUGUAACAGUUAAGCUGUGAAGUCUCUUAUUGCUCCAGCAAUUUUCAAAGGCAAAUGACUGUUGUCUGAGAAGAGAGCAGAAAGAAAAUAGAACAUGCUGCUAUUUUGCCCGUUAUUUGCAUUUUUGGGUAUUAAUGACGACGUCAUUAUAACUGAAAUGCUACAAAAAUGUAAGUGUAAAUGGAAAAGAAAUGAAUCGCGGUUGAAUAAAAUUAUAAAACACUGAAAGUUGACCAAUUUCUUUAAAUAUGCUACUCAAACUUAUCUGUAAAUACAUUUGAUGCUGCAAAAUUAUAAAGGCAACUACAAAGUAUCCUUUCUGGGGUUAGUUAGAAACUUUUUUUUUAGGAGACGUUCUUUGCUUUUCAUCAGGUCGAAAGUCUGAUUUUCGGCAAGUACUUAAACCAGAUGGACAGGAGAUUUUGACCAAGGCUGUGUCAACUAUUGAAGCUGCAGUGAUGUACCUAGAGGAUAAAUCUAUUACUUUGCAAAUGCUAACUCUUGUGCGUGAUAACUCUGAAAGAUUUCUGGAGCUUUGCGAACAAAUCGAACAGAUUGUUAAAGAGAGGAGUAAGGAAUACUUGGAAAAACUGUUAAACCAACGUAUCAUCGAGCUAACUGCAUUUCAAGAAGAACGAAAGAAAGUUAGUUCUUUUGUCAGGAUGUGUUCGCUCAUCACACAAGGUAAACAACGAACGUUGCGCGGUUUUUAUACACCAUAGUUAUGUACUAGGUAAGUCUUACGAUGACAUCAAACCUGGCAAAGGCGAAACGGUUAACUUCCUGUCAAUUAACGCGAUUUCCGGAUUCUCAACCAUAUGAAGAUAUGGUCAAUGUGAGUGAGUGUAGUCCUGAAUAGGAUUGUUGAUAACAUCGGCUGAAGUUUCGACAUCCUUGCGGAAGUCUUCAUCACAGUCAAAGUGAGGAGCAAGGGUGGCACAGUGGUGAGAAUCCUAGCCUCCUACCAAUGUGGCCCGGUUGUUGGUUUUCUCCCUUGCUUCAAGAGGUUUUUCUCCGGGCCCUCCGGUUUGCCCACUCCUUAAAAAGCAACACCAAAUUCGAAUUCCAUCUGGUCAACGCACGGACACGUUUCAACGUGUUCUUAAAAACUCUUAAGUGCUUUGUGGGUAAACAAAUUACACUUUCAGUAUACAACUAAAAUUUAUCAUAAACUAUGACGUUACGUUCGAUACGUUAAUAGCGCCUUUAUAGAUUAAAUCUUGGUUUUCUCUUUUUUUCCAGUAAAUGUAGAUGAAUUGUCGAGGAAAACUGUAGUGGACGCCUCUCGUUUGCCGAUUAAAGACCUGGCACGGUCAAUAGUUGUUAAUGAUAAAGUGCGCCCAGUGGUAACGUUCUUUCAGCUCUCGCCUAAGGCAAAGGCAAUGAUUUCAGAGCUCAGCACACUAUGCAACAGUACACUUCUUCGGCGAUUUUGGAUUGAAAAUGGCAACAAGGCACUUUCACACAUUGCACAAAGGCAGGGACAUAAAGGCUUACUAAAUGUCGACGAUGUUGAAGAGUUAGUGUGGGCACCAUCAAUUAAACAGCUGCAGUCUUUGCAAGAUCGUUUUCUGUACUGUACCAUUUCGUUUGGAGAGAUUGACAAGUUCUUUACGGUUUUCCAUAGCACCCAAGAGCUCGCUAACGAAUUCAAGCUUAUCACCUCAAGAAAAGGCGUUAAAUUAGCAGCCUGCGAAUCGAUAAUCGACAAGCGCAUUGAGCAGAUAGGUCAAUACUACAAAUUGCAAACCUGCACUACCGCCGCUGGUAACAUUUUAGAAUUUAAAGACAGUCUGGACCUUCAAGGAGAUUUUCAGCUGGUAAAAGAUCUACAAAACCAGGUUCAUAUUAACCUUCAUUUAAUAAAUUGAACUUUCUUCCCCGUGUGGAAAGAAAACCUUGAAAUCGCUGAAAGCCAAUUUCCAAUUUCCUGCUUGCAUUUUAACGCCUUACUGGUUCAUGUCACUUGUUAUGGUGAAAUAUUUAACAUUUUCUUACCCUUUUUUACACAGAUGACCAAGGAAUUCAAACAGAAACCACUAACAACCAUGAAUGCAGCUUUACAACAUGCAGGCAGAUUACUGUCGCUGAUAACGCCUGAGCGCGCAGAGUGUCUUGCUGCUGUUGCUAUAUGCAAAGAUCUCAUCUCUUGGAUAAGGGAAACGAUCAAAGGUAGAAUAUGCGGUUACUUUAGCUAUUUUCACAUUGUACUUAAGAUAAGUGCGCGUAUAGAAAAGAGACGGAAGCGACGAUGUCUAAACUGUGUCGCUACAUAACCGUUGAUAGGACAAUGACUUUCGACCUUUUAUUGUGACCUUCUAUUCCUGAUAUUCAAUGUUUGAACUAUGGACUAAGCAAGUCAGCGUAUACGGGUCACUCCUGUUCCGCAAACAGUGAGUGUGAAACAAAAUGUUGUUUGUACGACCCUCUUAGGCCAAAGUUCCCGUUGCUACCACUACUUGUCGGCAUUUCGCUGGGGGGCGUUUACCAUCCUCACUGGAUUGUCGACUGUCGUAAAGAGUCUUUAAAACUGACUCAUUAAAAACGCUACCACUAAUAGUGAUAAUCACUUAAUGUUGGGCUUAUAAUAUAUAGAUAGUUAAAUAGGUAGACAUGAGACCCAGACACAGACCGGCGGACAGAUGCAAAGACACUUACCGUUGAAAUGGGCAACUUAAAUGGCGAUUGAUCCAACAGAAGGCCUGGAUUUAGUCGCGACUGGAACUUUUCCUCUUGGGAAAAGCUUGUGGAACCCCAAGUAAAAUAGGGGCAUUUCUCGUCGUCGUCUUUCCCGUCUCCGUCCACCUCUGUCAGGAGAUCUUGUGAGUAAUACAGUAUGUGAGAAUACUUCAACGCAUUUAUCUUUUCUUGUCGAUCUCUUUCUUAGGCCGCCAAGAACUCAAGGUCCUUGUGGAUUUGGCCAUAAUCUCAGCUGGGGAGGCAGACGUAGAAACGUCUAAGAUCAUGUGUCUACAUACCAGCUGCCUUGGCUUUGCCCCCCUCAUCUUUGAUUUGGAACCUACCUUUGGAUUUGAAAAACUGAUGAGAGCUUGUGAACCAGUUUGGAAUGCUGUGGAUGCUGACCCCGCCCUCCCCAAAAAAUUGGUAGGCUUGUUUAGCAUAGAGUAUGGCGAAAUAGUUAAAAUUUUCAUUUUGUCGCAUGUGUGAUGGGACUUGAACCUAUCAUUUCUGAGUAGCGGUCUAUUUGGUUGAUGGCGUAUUAUUUAGGAAUGGAAUUUUAAUUUACCUGAAAGGGUCAUACAGGUAUUCCAAGUCGUACAUUUUUGAAGAAGUAAAAGUGAAAUAUCAGUACUUCUGUACUUAGUGGUAUGUUUGGAUCAUUUUGAAUUUCCGUUUAAGUAGUUAAUUCUUUCUAUACGUUGAUGUUGCCGGCUUAACCUCCUAACCCUCUAACGUAAAGUAAAGUAAAUGGCGGAAUGUUGAGAUUACAUCUGGCUAUCUUACUUCAAAUGAAAUCUUAGGUCCUUGUCCAUAGUCUGAUAGAUUUGCGUUAAAAUGUCAAAUUUCGUAAGUCUUCUUCAACAGGACAGCCAUUAAGGAUUACUACAAGUAUUCCUUCUACCCAAGGACAGUUACAGAAUGGAAUAUGAAGGGAUAUAGCAUUGUCCAAUUCGCUGGCUGCUUUUUAAAAUGCAAUUUCAAACAUAUAUCAACAAUUUUAUUCCUUUGCGCUCAUAAGCUCCUUUUCAGUCACCUUUGUUUUUCCUUUUUUUAGAACGCUCUGAAAAGCUCAGUAUUAAGUGACAGACCUAAAUGGUAAAUGUAAAUGAAAAUGUAAACAGGACAGUCACACUAAAGGUGACUACUUUAAACUUCACAAUAGGCCAUUUCCGAAUUCCCUUAAGCCUCUUUUUCAAAGUGAGUGCUGGUGCACAUCUUUUCGUUUGAAGAGAAGUUAUGAUACAAAUGCAGGUAAACUCAUUUUUAUCUGGAAGCUUGUCUACCAGGCCUCGCUUUGAUAGGGAUGCUGACGGUGACUCGGAAAUGGGCUGUAUCCUGAUGCUUUGUCAACGGGGACUACUCACGAAAGUUCGGUUACACUUCUGCAUCUGAGUAUCAUCCAUUUUGCAUUUUUUGCCAUUAACUUCCACAUGUAGUAUUUCAACUUAUUUCUUUGUCUUUUUGCUUGCUUUGGCCUUAUGCAGGUAGCCACAAGUCACCAGUUAGGGUGGUUGAAGCGGGUAAAAAAUUAUCAUGGUUCAGUAGCUACGUCCUCUCUGAUGGAAGCUCAAGCUAUUAAUGAAAAGGGUGUAUACCGUGUUGGCUGUCCCAGUAAGGAUGCCUGGACAUCAAUGGAAACGCUGUCAGUCGAUGCUGUGAUUGAACUCACGGUGGACCCAGAUAAGAAAAGAUUCACCCUUGACAACCUGAAGGAUUUACAAAGUAAACUGAUGCUUAUUGCGGCCAAAGCUUCACAUGGAAAAGAAGACGUGGACCGAUUUGUUGAUGUAAGUCCAAUCUUAGAUAGUUCUUAAGUCUGAUCAAUUAAAUAUGAAACGGUUUAAAUGCAAUAUAUAGUGAAUUUUUCUGCAAAAUAAUAGAUGUGAUAUUUUGCCUGGCGUUUCCUUUCGUGGCUCGAAGGUACUUUUCUCUUAUACGGUAGCAAUUGCUUACGGCUGAACGUGAAGUGUUAUGUGUACAUGGUUUUCUUACAUGGAUUGUGACAAUCGGCAUUUGGGAUUGCCCACAACGUUUAUCUAGUCUUUCCUGGAAUUACUGAUCACUUUUGUUACACUUUUUCUUCUAAAGGUUCUUCAUUUUUUGUUUUCUUUCGGAAUUAACAGAUCCUGCAAUGUGUUCAGCGACUUGCUACAGUGUACAUCGCUCUUUGCAAAGCUGGAGAAGUAAGCCAUCUCCGUUGGAAGCAUGAAUUUCAGUGUACACCGCGGCUUCCUACCAACCGCUCCCUUACACAGGAUUUGGAAGAACAAAGUGCCCAGAUGGAGCAGUGUCUUCAGUUGUGGAAAAAAGAGCUGCAUACUAAGCGUAUGCUGUACAAUGAACUGAAUCAUUUCACCACCCGUCAGUUGUUGUUCCUUCGAAAACAGCUGGCCGUUGUUCAGGGAAGAGGUCCCAAGGCUAUCGAUAACAUUCCUCCUUCGGUUUAUAACCUUUUGGAGAGUGUGUUGCCUGGCGUUGAGCCAGCCAUUCUUAAGUCUGUACUUAUCUCUUGUGGAAUUUGCAGCCAAACAACAGGUGACAGUAUCGUCAGAUCGUAUGGUACGACCGGCGCAGUUCAACCCAGCAUUCUAUUGCACCAGCCUAGGUUGAAAUCAUCACAUGUUGAAAUGUUUCAAACGCUUGUAGCAAAAUUAGAAUCGAUUGGUCACUCAGAGGCUGAGAAGUUUGCCAUUGCAUCAAUGAUGUCAUGCAAAGAUGCCAACAAAUUAGAUCUCUUUGUAUGGUGUGUAAAAAACGCUGGCAACAAAGAUCUAAUUGAAGCUAGUUACUCAGAAGCCCUUCGUGACCCCAGAUAUUUGGCACUUAUCGAUAAAGACAGUACCGCAUCUAUAGAAGAGGAAGGGUGAGUUACAUACCACAUAGUUUUAUUUUUUAAAUAAAUCUCCACAUGAAACUGUUUAAGCGGCCUUAGCUCCCACGAGUCCCCUGUAGCUCAGUGGUAGAACACCUGGACUGGUUACCAGCAUGCUUUCGAGCCGCCUGUGUCACUGACUGAAUAAGCAUCUUUCUUUUUUCUCCACGUUUGAAAAGGCAAAUUGGGAAUAAAAACAGAUUCUUGUCACUUUUGGCGGAAACUGAUGGUACAAUUUUCUUUGUUUAAUCAAACUGUUAGGAUUAUGAUAAUUUAUGCUGUUCAAUGAACGUUUCUCAUCGGCUAAUUUUUGACAUGUGGUUUUUUGAUAUAUUAGUACUGUUCCGUUCUUUUCUCGCGCUCGUCCUUGUAAAAUGUGACACAGCGUAUGUUUAAGAAUAAAUGUCCAAAGAGUGCUCGAUGGGUUUGAAUCUUUCUAACAGGUUAUGGGCCCAGGACGUUAAACCAAUGCUGUAAGUUACGUGAUUGUUAUUUUGCCGAAGCGAAUGGCGGAGAUGUCGUUGACAGAGAUCACAAAGAUCGAAAAGUUGAACGGGAGAAAUUACCAGUCAUGGAAGUACAACGUGAAGCUCGUUUUAAUGGAGCGUGGUUUGUGGGGUUUCACUCAAGAAGGCCAAGAAACUCCUCCUGCAGCUGAUGCAUCUGCAGCUGUAAAGAAUGCUUUUCGCCUUCGAUCUGGUCUUCGCUCAUUGCGUUGAACGUGGAAAAGGAUUUGCAAGUUCACAUAUCGUCGGUGACAGACCCGCUCCCGGCGUGGAAAAUUUUGCGGAAGCAAUUCGAAUUUGUGUCAGUCACACAGAUUGUUCGUCUUAAUCAAGUAUGAAGGAAGGCGCAGAUUUGAUGCAACAUUUGACUCCUGUGACUUCUCUGGCUGGCCAAUUAAGAGAAAUGAAUGAAGAAAUUUCGUCGAAGAAAUUUGCUACGGUCGUGUUAGGAAGUUUACCCGUGUUAAGAAGUUUAAACGCCCGAAGCGCCGAUGAUCUCGACAUGGAAAACGUGAAAGGAUGGUUGAUUGAAGAAUAUGUGAUGCGGACUGAGAAGAACGAGAAACAAGAAUCUGAUAAUGCACUUUUUGUCAGUAGAGGAAAAUCGUCGUACCGUGGAAGUUUUCAACCACGUGGUGGAGCUGGUGGCUGUCGCGGUCGCGGUCGCGGUGGUCGAUUUCAGAAUUUUAACUCCAAUGCUCAGUCCGGCCGUGAUGAUCGCGAUAAACACAGAGGUGUAAAGUGCUUCAAGUGCAACCAGGAGGGACAUAUCGUAAAGAACUGUCCGUACAACAACAAACAGAACACUGGUAAAAGAGAAAGUUCCAAUAUGGCCGAACUCGAAGGAGUUGCACUAAUCUCAAGCACGAUGAAUCAGUCAAAUGAAUGGUUUAUUGACUCAGCAGCGACAAAGCACAUGACAAACAACAAAAGCUUUUUGGAAAACUAUGUCCAGUACCAAGAACCAAAAAGUAUUUACCGGGGAGACAGCACAGUAAUUCUUGCACAUGGCGAAGGAAAGGUCAAACUCCCAACAGUAAACAGAACCCGUGAAAUUGUCCUUGACUUGCAUCAAGUGUUGUUUGUACCAAAACUGACCAAGAACUUACUUUCAGUACCUGCAAUGGCAUCGAUGGGAGCAGAAAUUUACUUUGACAAGGAUAAAUGUUUAGUACGGAAGAAUAGCCAAGAAUUUGUUAUUGGAAGUCUAUUGCGUGACAAGCUAUACAUAGUCAAUUCUGCCGAGUACGCUCAAGUUUCAACAGCAAAUAGUGCACCAUCACCUGCCGUUUGGCACCUCAGGUUGGGUCAUCUCAAUUACACCUAUAUGAAUCAGUUGAUGAAGAAAGAAAUGGUUGAUGGCCUGAACUAUGAUGUUGACACACAAUCCCAGAAAGAAUGUGAAGCAUGUGUUCUUGGCAAAAUGCAGAAGAAGCCCUUUCCAAAACAGAGCCAACACAGGGCAACCAGACCAUAUGAGAUUGUACACAGUGAUGUAUGUGGCCCAAUGCAAGUGGAAUCAAAAGGCGGCAGUAAAUAUAUGCUGACAUUCACAGAUGAUUUUUCACGAUAUACCACUGCCUACUUCAUUAAAUCCAAGAGUGAAGUGCUUUCAAAAUUCAUGGAAUAUGUAAAUUCUGUUGAGAAACAUUCUGGUCAUCAGAUUAUGAAGCUGAACAUUCUCACAGAGGAAGAUGUUAAAGUCCUCAGAAGUGACAAUGGAGGAGAGUACACUUCUGACAAGUUCACUAAAUUCUGUGCAGACAAGGGAAUCUUGCACGAGUUCACUGUUCCAUACUGUCCACAGCAAAAUGGUGUUGCUGAACGAUUGAAUCGCACAAUAAUGGAGGGAGCAAGAUCGAUGCUCUACCAAGCCAAAUUAUCGCUGGAUUUUUGGGCAGAAGCCUGCAGCACAGCAGUUUACCUUCACAAUCGAAGUCCAACAGCAGCGUUGAAAGACGAAACUCCAUUUCAGCGUUUGUUUGGUAGAAGACCAGACAUUUCUAAUCUGAGAGUCUUUGGUUGUGUGAGUUAUGUACAUGUUCCAGAUAGUCAGCGCAGAAAGUUGGAUGCUAAGGCCCACAGAGCAAUUUUUGUUGGAUAUCCUCCUGGUGUUAAGGGUUACAAGUUGUAUGAUUUGGAGAAGAAGAAGUUUAUUGUAAGUCGAAAUGUUCAAUUCUUUGAAGAGAACUUUGAUCAUUCUGACGAGAAGGUCAAAUCAGAUGAUGCUGGCCAAGCAGAUUUGAAGUUCAUUUACCCAGAUAUGAACCAAGAAAAUGAAAGUGUUCCCGUACCUCUCUUACCUGAAGCUCCUCAAGUUCAAGACAAUGUUAAACCUCCAGUUCAAGAGUAUGUUGAACCCGCACCUGUGCAGAAUGUUGAAACAGUGGGAGCACCGCCCAGAGAGAGCUUGAGUGAAGAAGAACCAGUUAGAAGAACAUAUGAAGAUGCAUUUAUGGAAGAAGUCCGAAACUUAGGACCAGUGAGGCAGCGAAGAAUGCCUAGCAGAUUCCAAGAUUAUGAUUGCCUAUUUGUUGACUCAGAAGUUGACGAUCCAGGCACAGUUCAUGAAGCAUUGAAUGGUAAACAUUCGGACCAGUGGAAAGAAGCCAUGAAGUCUGAAUUCUCAUCUUUAAUAAAGAAUGAUACAUGGGAACUAGUACCUCCACCUGAAGGAAAGAACAUUGUUGGAUCUCGCUGGGUCUUGAAAGUCAAGCGUAAUGAAGAUGGUUCCAUAGAUCGUUUUAAGGCCAGACUUGUUGCGCAAGGUUAUUCCCAAGUUAGAGGUGUAGAUUAUGAAGAAGUAUUUUCACCAGUGGCUCGUUAUACAUCUGUGAGAUCGUUACUUGCCCUAGCUAACGCACAAGAUUUGGAGAUACACCAAAUGGAUGUAAAAACUGCCUUUUUGAACGGUUCAUUGGACUGUGAAAUUUACAUGUCACAACCAGAAGGAUUUGUUGAUCCUGACAGACCAAAUCAUGUUUGCAAACUGAAGAAGAGCAUUUAUGGACUUAAACAGUCAGCUCGUUGUUGGAACACUACUCUGGAUGAGUAUUUGAAAUCAGUUGGCUACUGCAAAAGCAAGGCUGAUGAAUGUAUUUAUGUGAAGUCUGUGAAGGAAGCUAAUGGUCACAUCAGCUUCGUGAUACUUGGUGUGUAUGUCGAUGACAUAAUUCCAGUUUCAAACGACCCUGCAAUGCUGAAAGCAGAGAGAGCUGCAUUAUAUGAAAGAUUUGAGAUGAUUGAUCAGGGAGAAUUUCAUUUUCUUCUUGGUUUGUCAAUCAAGCGAGACAGAGUCGAGAACAUUAACAAUAAGUCAACCCAACUACACAGAGAAAGUGUUAAGGAAGUUUGGAAUGGAAAACUGCAAAAACCUGUCUCUAUUCCACUUGAGCCUGGAAGAAAGUUUCAGCAGUUAUCUUCAAGUCAUGAGCCCUUCGAUAUUCAGACCUAUCAACAGGCAAUUGGAUGUUUGAACUACAUGUCAACAGCAACCAGACCGGAUAUCGCUGCAGCAGUUGGAGUCUUGUCCCAGUAUAUGUCAAAGCCCAGCAAAGACCACUGGAUGGGUGUGAAACGUGUUCUUCGAUACCUCAAAGGAACUUUGAAUUAUGGCCUGAAAUUCUCUGUUCAUGGAGAGCAAACAGCAUUAAAUGGCUACAGUGAUGCGGAUUGGGCAGGAGAUGUUGAAACUCGUAGAUCAUCAUCAGGCUGUGUAUUUCAGUUUGGAAAUGGUACCAUCAGUAGGUCCAGCGGGAAACAACCCACAGUUACUAAGUCCUCGACUGAAGCAGAGUAUGUUGCUUUGAGUUCAGCUACUCAAGAAGCUAUAUGGCUACGUCGUCUAAUGAAAGACUUUGGAAAACAGACAGAUGCCCCGACUACCAUCUAUGAAGACAACCAAGGAGCCAUUGAGCUGGACAAGAAUACCAAAUACCAUAGCCGAACUAAGCACAUUGACAUUUGUCAUCAUUUUGUUCGAGAAAGAGUUGUUUCUAAUGAAAUUAGAGUGAUUUAUUGUCGUACUGAGGACAUGGUAACAGAGAUUAUGAGAAAGGGACUACCAAAACCUACUUUUGAGAAACUGAGAGAUUUAUUAGGCGCGCAUGAUGUUGUGUGAGGAUGAUUAUUUAGCUCUAUGAUUCUAGACAAGGUAUUAUCUUUACUAAACAGCAUAAUCAGCCAUUGGGAGUGUUAGGAUUAUGAUAAUUUAUGCUGUUCAAUGAACGUUUCUCAUUGGCUAAUUUUUGACAUGUGGUUUUUUGAUAUAUUAGUACUGUUCCGUUCUGUUCAAUCUGUUCGUUCGUUUAAGAAUAAAUGUCCAAAGAGUGCUCGAUGGGUUUGAAUCUUUCUAACACAACCGUUAUCCUACGACGUUUAAAUUUCCUACUACUGUAACCAUUGAGGAACAGAUAGCAUGUUGUGACCACGUUGUUAACAUUAAGGUGUGGUUUCUCAAAGCUCGAAAACUACACUUGACCAGCAGUGGCACUGCCAUCAAGGCAUGAGAUAUGGGGAAAUUCAGUGAUGUAUUUAUAACAAUGAAAGUCAUUGCUUAAAUGUUUCAGUUUUGUUUCGAACUAUUUACGGUUCUUGGAUAUCUGACGUUUUUUGAUUUAUUUUAAGUUUCUCUGCAGCGGAUAUGAUGAUUGAGCCCGAAGAAGUUCCAGAACUCAUGGAAACUGCUUUUACCUCUGACCAGACAGCAGGCGGGGAGUUCUUAAGCCUUGAGGAGCUAGGAAAAGUUCUAAGCCAGCUUGCUUUGCAAGGUGUGAUUCAGCAUUCACGUUUAGAAAAUAUCCACUUAUCACUCAUAUUUGUAAUUACCAAAAUGGCAAGACACUUUUUUUUAAAAGCGAGUCCUGUUGCUCAUCCUAUCAUUUGAAAAUAACUUUUCCUUCACGAACAAAUGAAAUUUUGUUUUAAUGCGCUGGCCGCCUCGCUCUCAUAAGGGGGCCUAAAAGAAUUCGGAGAUAAGUUCUUUAAAACUAAAACAUUUCGUUUCGUUAUUGCAGGUUCAAAGAAACGCCAAAGACGUCACCCAAAAUAUCUUAAUCCUGGAAAACCAAAUCUUGUGGUUAUUCCUAAAGGUAAAGAAAAAGGGGGAACGUUAUAAUUAUAAAAUGCGCUAUCUUUUUCAUCCCUUCCUCUUCCCCUUCCCUCCAUCCUACCUUCUAUAAUUCUGGCGUUGAAUUUCUUCUUCUCUCCUUCCUUUCUUCGUCUUGUUCCUUUAAUUAUUUAUUCAAAGCUUUCUCGUUAGAGUUGUACUUAGACCUAUCUUUCAAAUUCAUUUGUUCUUUUUAACUCCUUUCUUCUGUUCUUGCGCUUAUUCGACCACAUGUAACAUAAUUAUUACAUUCCCAUUGUAGAUGACAUUCUAGGAACGGUGCUGUCCUUGUACAUGCAAGGCACCUCACAAUCUCUGCCAAGUUCUGAAGAAGUGUUGAUAUGCUCUUCUGAUACAACUGCAGAAGAGGUAAGGGGUUUUUUAAAAGACACGUCUCGAUUUAGAACUUCGAUUUCGUGUAGUCAUGGGAAUCUUUGUUAAGAUGUUGAAGGAGACAUGCUACUCGGGGUAAAAUAUUUUCCAAGGAAGUGUGUGUUUCAUGGAAGAUUCACCGGGUUACACAUAUGAUCUUUGCGGCCUAUUUUCCUUUGUCUGUUGUUCGUAAACAAAGCUGAAAGAGCAUAAUUACGACGUAAAACAAUCCGGGCUCCUGACCUGAAUCUGGACUGAUUAACGUUAUCAGUAUAUAACAUUUUUGGCCAAAAUGUAGACUUCUCUCACGUUACAGAUUGAGCUUCUUUGGCGACGAGCCCUUGGUAACAGUGGAGGUCAGAUGUUCUGUUUGGUGAAUGUUGACCUUCUUGACUACAGUGUUUCUCAGAAAGCUGCUGACUGCCUGGAAUUCUUACUACAGGAACCUCAAUACAAUCGCAGUGAUGGUAUUUAAAGUUACCUUAAUGUUUUCUCUAUGCAGCUUGGCCCAGUGGUUAAGGAAGCUGAAUUUUAAGGCGGUAGCACAAGUUCAAAUCCUCGCUCUGCCUACAAAGUGUAGUUGUUAUAUAGCUGGAAAUGUUUUUCCCAACAGCGCACGCUCGCGUUGGUUACUUCGAGGUCACAUGGCAUCUAACAUUGAAACUGUUUCCCGCCGAAAUCUCUGAGCGGGCAACAUUGCAAAAUCUAUGACGUCAGAGGGUAACAGUGCACUGUUACCCGCGAAUGUUGACAGCUUGCGAGAUAGAUUUAACAAUUAUUCUUAGAGAUCGAGGUGAAUAGUGACAAAAUAUUUACCGUGCCGCGAAGCGGCGAGGUAAAUAUUCCUAAAGCCACUAUUCACCGAGAUUGAACAGAAUUAUUGUUAAAUCACAGAGCAAACCAUUAAAAAAGUACGAUUUGAUUGACAGAUCAAAUCACACGAAAGUUUAAAAUAGAUCUUCACAGAUUUUUCAAACAUGGCAAUUCACAAGUUUAUCACUUCGCAAACAACAGCGUAAUGGCUUAAAUGGAACCAUUAACAGUUUGAAUUGUUUCCUUACCUGAGAAGAAAAGUAGAGUUUUGUUGUUUUCUGUGAACUCGCUACGUUUAUAGUAAAAAAGGUCUGUUGUGUCGCGCAUGAAGUGCUGACUAAAAUGGCGGCUCGCUUGCUCGAGGUAAGACGUCGUCUUCCUGGAGCAUUCUUUUUCCUAUUUACUGAAAAUGUAGAAUUUCUGCAAACAUUUGCUUUCAAAUUUGUUUGUCAUAAAUAUACUUGAUUUUUGGGCCAAAUUUUCUGUUAGGAAACGCUGAGUUCACAAACGGGAGUUGUAAACAAUCCAUCGAGCACAAAACUAAGCUACAGUAAAUGGAAAAACAUCAUUUUGAAUCCUUCGGAGUCUUUUCUUGCCUUAAAAGAAGUCAACCCUAGGAUUUUAUCGACUUUUAAAAGAUCAUUCUUAAAAAAAUGGGAAAAAACAGCGAGCUCACACGUUAACCACUCGCUAGGAGGUGAAUAUUGUUGAAUAGUCCGAGAUAAUGUUAAUGAUAAUGAUAAUGCAUUUGUAUAGCGCUAAAACUUUAGAAGAAUAUUCAAAAGCGCUUUACAUUAAGUUAAAAUUAAUGAAUAAAUAAUAAAUAAAACAUUUAAAAAUCCCUCAAAGCUAUAAUAAUAAGAGUGAUAUGUUAUGCUAUGGUAAAAUCUAAAAAAAAAAUGACAUUCGAAAAUUCCAAACUAUGUUAAAAUUAAACAUUAGAACUAUUCCAACAAAUUAAAAGCUUUCUUAAAAAGAAAUGUUUUAAGAUGCUUUUAAAAAAUGGCGAGGCUGCUACUUGUUCUUAUAGUUAAUGGCAGCGAGUUCCAUAAAGCAGGUGCAGCAUGAGCAAAGGCCCGAUCCCCAAGUGUAGAGCAGUUGACUUUUGGAAGGAACAGAAGAAAUUGUGCAGACGAACGAAGAGAAUAAUUAGCAGCUGGUUUCAGGAAUAAAAGAUCUUUAAUGUAGGGUGGACUUUGGUUGUGUAGUGACUUGUAAACAAAAAGGAGCAGUUUGAAGUGGACUCUAAACGUUACUGGAACCAAUCAGAUUGCUUAAAUCACCAAGAUCACUGAGUUUGUAUAUAUUCGUAUAUUUGUACACAAAAAAGUUUUCCUUCAUAGGCUGCGCCUCGGGAAACAUUAAGAUGCUCGGGAGACAAAAUUAACUGUUUUCCUUGGGACCAGUCAUUAAGUGUUUAUUGUUUCUUGGUAGUCCUGAGAUCAGCUCCUCGGCCACGCUUGUAAAUAUCCAACUGGGUGGUCUCCUGCCAGUUGGAUUUUUUAACCGGUAAUUUUUAUUUUUUGUUAUUUUUUAAUGGGUUACUGUAUAAAGUGAAAACGCCAAAGCAAGGCCCACACUGUUGCCGUAAAAACAGUAUCAGUGAAAAACAGUUUUUUCUUGGCUGAAAUACUCGGAAAAACUGAUAUAAUAUCGUGGAAAGAAUAUGUGUAUAUAAGACAUAAAUAUGCAUGUGAUUGACCAAACUCUCCCCGAAAGGCAAUGUAAUUGGGAAGAUGUUUGUUUACAAACAAUCUUAUUAUCUUUUACUACGGCCACAGUAACACAAACGGCCUCUGUAACAGCCAACUGUCGUCAGGUUGGCUCAUGAACAUCAACAAGUUGCAUCAGUGAUAACUACACUAAAAAAGUGUCUAAAAAUAAAUCAUUACAAAGAGGAAGUACGAUUGUUAUGACUGUUAAGUUGAUUCGUAGAGGGUUAUAUACUGAAAUUCUCUCGUGAUGUAUUUUUGCAGACAAAAGCCAGAAACCGCUUUCUUGUUUCUCAUGGCCAAGCAUUUUAUUUUGUUGUUAGGGUUGUCUCUUGUGGUUAUCUGCAGCUCUGAGAAUGAAGACAGAGCUCAUAUGGCUGCAGCGCUUGAUCAAUACAGACUUGGAACUAUUCCGCAUUGUGCUGCACCAAAGGAUAUCAGGCAAUAUCUACACACGCAGUUCAAGUCGUGUCCUCAAACACAAGGAAGGUUUCAAGAUAAGGUCAUUUCAUGGGCACCUGCAGCAAUAUUGGACAAACAAAAGUAAGAGGAAAAUGUUAUACGUAAUUCUGUGUCAUUAAGAGAGUACCAUUUUCGUUUGGUUACACCUUUUGUUGUCACUGUUCUCAUAUCUGCGAUCCUAAAAAAGGAUUUCCUCUCUACGUUUAGUAAUGUUAGGUAAUCUAGUAGUUCAAUAUCAUUGUCGAUCUUACCAGUAAAAUAAUAAUACUAAAAGUGAUGAUUUGGUUGUGGUGGUGGUGGUUUAAUAUAACAAAAGUAGGAAUCCCAACUGGGUAAACCAGUUCGCUAUUCACAAGUGCCUGCCCAGUGUCUGGGAGGUCAUAAUUCUUGGUUUCUGUAAGGAACGUAGGAUUUCUCCUUGUCUCAUGCUCGUGGUAUAAUGAACAAUUGAUGAAUGAGGCUGAGUAUCUUGUGAAGAAUUAUGGAGAUAGAGGAGGGUGUUAUCCGUCGAGGCCGAUAACACCCUCCGAGAUCUCCAUAAUUAUUCAUAUGAUACAAAAGCCGAAUUCAAUGAUUGUUUUAUUAUUCAUUCAAAAUAAUUCCUAGUUCAAAAACAUCGCUAAAACAUGCUUACCUCCACCGAUCCAUCGAUGUUAAGUUCAUCUUAGAUAGUGCACGUUUAGGGUUGUUCAGCUCCGCAAAUAUUUUCCAAAUAGCAGAUGUCGCCCUUCGAGUUGUCUUCUUGCUGUUCUUGCUAUGUUUUUAGCUAUUUUUUCGGCUAGUUCUCACUCUUGGAACGAUUGAAAUGUCCGCAAUUUUUCAAGUUCACAACCAAAACAACUCAACCUCGUCCCCAGUUCUUCUCGGUUAACGGUGCAUUAACCUGCAAAAACGCUGCAUUUUUGACGUCAUUUCCUCGCUAAACACAAAAUUCUUCCAAAUUUGGUUAUCAGUAACUGGUUAUGGUGAAUUAAACAUGUGCUUUUAGCCACUCAGAAUUGGGGAAAUAUUUUGAAUGAAUAAUAAUGACUGCUAAAGCUUUCUUUAUUAGUGUGUCGUAUCUAUGGAAAACCAAUAAUCUGCCUGUUCCAUUGACUUUAGCAAUACUCCUCUAUCACUAACAACCACGAUAAUAUCAACGGUAACAGCACCGACCACUACCAACACCUCCUACUUAGAACUCCACAGCUAGACUACAGCUAGAAACACUCACAUAACCAUGAACUGAACCACGAACACUAUCAUCAGCCACCGAUCAACAUCCCCCAUCGUCACCUCUUGAGCAGUGCUAAUCAUAAUUCAUCCCUCAUUACUUGAAUCUUACUGAAGUUUUAAGAUGCAUGCAACCACUGCAAAUGCCAAAGUUGCAAGUCAGAAUUACAAACUUUUUGGUAUUAAAAAACAAUUCUUGUUUCUUGUAGACACCAAACCGAAAUCCAGUUUUAUUAUCCAGAAGAUUAAUAAAGAGAGUGAAAGGAGUCGCUUUUUUCUAAGAUAAAAUAUCUAUCUAUUUUUUAAUAGGUUGUCAGUAAGAGUUGUGUCCUCAGAAAGAGCAGGUUCUGGCAAGAGCUUGGUGGUUCGGCGACUGAGUGAAAGCUUACUUGAAAUUGCAAACAACUGCGUUGUGACGAGUUACCUGAGAGAUAUGGGGGAAGAUUUGCCCAUGUGUAUCAGCGUCCCAAUUUAUGGACCAACUGUCGAUCAGUGCGCCGUUGUGGAGUCAUUGUUACAGCACGUGAUUGUUCCUGAUCUGCCACUUUCCAGAAUUUUUCAUCUCGAUGUCCAUCCGUCGGUAAUAAUUGUAUUACUAAACAAGAAGAAUUUUUUACGGUCUCUGAAUAUAUUUUACGUUUUAAUGUGUGUCAAAGCAGGGUUCGCACAGUCUUGAAAAGUCCCUUAACUUUAGGGGAAGUCCUUGAAAAGUCUUUGAAUUCCAUUUUUCCUUGAAAAGUCCUUAAAUGUCUGUGCAAGUCCUUGAAUAGUCCUUGAAUUUUCUUCAGUUUUAAAUGUGGUAGCCUGGAAAGUGUUUUUUGAUGCGUUUUGGUUAUCCAAGACAGAAUAUAAAUCAUAGCUCAGAGAAUUAAAAGGUUAUUUACCCAAAGUGCUCAAUGUUUUAUGCAAUAAUUAACUAUCAAUUUAAGACAAGUGAACUGAAAAAUGUAGGGAAGUUGGUGAAGCAAACAGUUCAAGCCUUAAAACCUUAUUAGACUGGGAAUGUGCAUUUAUGUACAAUCUGUGAAAUUAUAUUCCUAGUUGGUGGUCCUUGAAAAUCUUUCGUGGCCCUUGAAAAGUCCUUGGAAAGUCCUUGAAAAAUAGUUGCAAUUUUUUGUUUAAACUCUGCAAAGGACACAACCUUAGAACUUUUGAAAAAAACAGCAACACGAAACACGUCAGCUCUUAAACACUGAAUAAACAAUGUGUCUGCAGCAGGACUCGAAAAAAGGCCCGUCCGGUAGUGCGGGACAAGUAGACUUUUUUGCUAGGGAAAUUAACUUUUAAAGUUUACCUGCCCAGUGGAUAAGGGUACAAGCAAGUCAACCUCUAACUAAAUCAUAGUCGAAACUAAGACGAGCAAGAAGUGGUCCCAGGCAAGCCAAAUGUGAGAACUGCUUGCCCGAGGUACAAGGUGGAAAAAAAGUUUUUUCGAUCCCUAUAUAUACGUGUUAUACGUAUAUAUAUAGUUUAUAUAUACGUGAUUAUACACGUGAAUUUAAUAAAUGUCCAGAUGGGAAUCGCAGCUAUGUAAAUUUAAAAAACGUUCCUUAUAUUUUUUCAUAGGUAAAGAGUGGUCUUGACUCUCUUCUGUUCAAUCUGCUGAUCCUUGGUGUUUUGAAGAGCGGUAGUGGUCAGGUCUGGAGACGUAGAUUAUCUGAUUUGUAUGUGAUUGAACUAACCACGGGACCAACACAAGGGGACAACGAAACCCUUCAGCGGCAAUUGAAGACCCCUAAGGUAAGUUGCCGUCCAGAAAACGUAUUCGUCAUCAGUACGGUGCAAGUGCUCUUGUAAAAGACUAUGAGUUUUAUCCUACUGUAUUUGUAUCCUUUUUUGCACAGAUUUUAUAUCACUUUCUAGGAGACAACCUAACUCAGGUGCUUUUUAUUUUGUUUUGCUUUUUUUCCUUCUCUCAAGUCAUCUCUUUAGUUUGGUGGUGCAUUAAUAAGCCAAGGAUUUAAUGUACACAGCGGUUUUUAGUUUAUACGUCGUGUUUCGGAUGCUGCAAGACGAUUUUGACGUUGUUUGGUCAAACCACUGCAAAAUGCAGUUGGAACGCGACUCAUGCAUAGCAAGUUAACCUCGAAAUGAGAGUCAAUUACGAUCUAUAUUAGACCACUCCAGACACUGAUUCUGAAAGUGAGAAUAAGCUGAAAUAAAAAAUAAAAAGUUUAUUUUUGGAAGGUGUUGACACCAUGAAUUAUCUGCUCCGUAGCGUGUGGACUCUAGAAAAGGCAAAGCAGAACCUUUUUACAGGCUGCUUCCCACCAUUGAAUGUGGAACACCAAUGCGCACUUUAAAGAAGUUAAGGACACAAGAAAUGGGUAAGCGAAAACAUUCAUUCAAUACUCUUUAUACUUUGCUUUUUGCUCACGAAGUCUUCUAGCUGAUGAGUGACUUUGUUUUAGAGCACAAUCCAACUUUCGAACAUGUUUUUAGCAGACCUGUACGCACAGACUCAAACUCGAGAAAAAGUUGGUUGGACUGAGAAUUUGCUGCUGGCGUUUUCCAUCGUGAAUUGAGAGCAGGAGUUCAUUUUUUUUUUCGUUUGACCACUGUUCUAUAACUGCGCGAUUUGUCAAUAUCUUUUAAGUUUGCCAGCUGUUAGUAAGCGACAGUAUUAUUUAAUUUUUUGCGCUGAAUAUUGCCAUUUAAACAUGCCCUUCGAGUGUUAACAUUAAAGUAACGUAAUUUUGAAAGUGUAAAUUGCAUUAAUACUAAAUGGCUUGUAAGGAUUUUGUUUCUAAUAUGUUGAUUUUUUUCUCACGAAAGGAGGCUUUAGUGCUUGUGUAGGUAAUGUGCAUAGCUAUUGAAAUGUUUUUUGUUCUUUGUAAUUUUAGAUGACAGUCGCAACCCUCUAUUCGACAAUGCUGAAUUUCAAAGCUCAUAUGUUCAACGGGCGUUUCAGUAUCUUAAAUUUUGGGAGUCAGCAAGAGAGAACCUGAAUCAGUUCUGGUUUAUACCAAGUCAGGUGAUCGGUGACCAUGCAGAGUGUAUAGAAACGCUUGUAAGGUACAUUGUAUUUCAGAGACUUCCAUUGAGUUGUUAGGAUUGGUAGAGCAAUGAAGGUGGUUAAAUUGUCUUUUAUUGUCACCGCUUGGUACUUUUCCAUUUUUAAAAAACCACAUAGAUUGCUUUUUAUGGUAGAGAUUUAACAACAGCCUUUUUAUAUGUGGAAUUCAUGAGAUUAAUUAUGCUUGGUAAGCAGCUAAUGGCAGGACAACUUUCCGUUUAUGCUUGUCUUGAAACGAUGCCUGGUUGUACAUUACGAUUUAAUUGUGUCAGUGGCUUAUCAAUUUAGCCGGCAGAAUUUUAGUCUAUUGUCAACCUUUCUCUUCUUCAAUUACGUAAUGCCGUUUCUCCUAUUCUUCUUUUUUGUACGGGACACAACUGCCAGUAAAAGGGGAAGUCAGUCGUUGUUUCGGAUUUUCUUUUAGAAAUUGCGGCGUUGAGGACCCUUCAUGGGCUGAACUCCGUCACUUUGUGAACUUCCUCAACUCUCAGCUCCAAGCUUGCGAGGAAAGUACGUUUUGUAACAUGAAACAUGUGGGAGACACCCUUGAGGGAUUUAGAAGCUUUGUGGUCCAGUUUAUGAUCCUUAUGUCACGGGUAAGAAGAAUGUAAAAGGUGGCGAUGACGCAGCAAUGUUACUGGCACAGUAGAGAAGAGACGUGUGACGUCACAAAAAUUAAAGUUGUAAAAAUUAUGAGAUAGGAUGGCAUAUUCAGACAGAGCAAGAUGAAAAAUGUCCGCUUGCUACAAAUCAGUCUGUUAGUGCAAAUUGGUGGGGAGAUGUAAACACCGUUAUGUUCUGAUGACUCCAGACAAAUCCUUGUACAAUUAGCUUGGAUCGUAACGUUAGCGAUCCAGGCCUAGUUUAGAAGGAUUAAUAUGGAGUCAUCACAACAUACAGUGCUUAAAUCUCUCCACAAAUCUGCGUUAGCAGGCUGAUUUUUAGCAAGUGGACAUUUUUCAUCUUGUUCUUUCUGGAUAUGCCAACCCAUCCCAUCAUUUCGAAAACCUUAAUCUUUGUGACGUUAUCACUUCUCUUCUCUAUUCUGAGUCGUUAACUGCCACCCUUGUAGGUAGUGUGCGUAUUCCUGAGGGAAAUGCGCUCCAUCUAUGACAUACGUUGUGGGCAAUGACUUAUUAUUUGAAUUGCAUUUCAACUUGAUCUUGUCCUUGAUUUGAAUGUUUUCGAUACAGUUUUUGCAUCUUUUUAACAUCUGAGUCUGACCCGUUGUUCAUUUCUGAUUAUUUUGAACCAAGAAUGUUGUUUUCUUGAAACUUAUAAAAUCCAACCUUGCGGUUUUUCUAAAUUGAUGAUUUUGCCCAAAAUGAAACGUUAGAAUAGCGGUCGAAUAACUGUCUCAUUUAUUUACAGUCGAACCUCUCGGUACGGACACCUCUCUAUUUCGGACAGUUUCCAAUGUCCCGACAAAAUUCUCAUAUAUUUUCUUUAGAAAAACCUCUAUAAUACGGACUCUCUCUAAUACGGACAACGGACACUAGAUCUUGGCCCCAGGGAGUAAAUUUAUAUAAACUUAACCUCUUUAUUACGGACACUGCGGUGAUCAGGUGAAUUCCGAAUCCCGAUCAGGUGAAUCUGCACAGGGUGAAUCCCAUCCAGUCUGGCUGAUGAGCUAUGCAAGGUGAUAAAAAGCCCAGUCGCUGUGUUCAAACCAACGAUUUGCGAAUGGUGUACAGAGGAACAUAACCGACUUUUUGAAGGUUUCAAUCACUACAGAUAGCAUAAAGAUUUUUCUAUUACAUUUUGUACUCUAGUUACUGUUUACUGCACUUGAAAAGUAGCGAAAGAUGCUUUCAGAACUGUGUUUUACGUUGCAACUUUUUACAUGCAGCAUUGCGCUGUAGCUCGUUUCGUUUUAAAACAGUAAUUUGUCUGUAGCUGAGAUGUGCAAUGUUUUAUGCUACUGAAAGACAGUGUCUUUGUACUGUGAAUUAAUAACUUUAAAUGCAGUUUAAAGACGAGUGUGAGCCUGGUUCUAGCUAGUGAACACUUAAAACUGUAAGUGGAGUGAUAAAAGUGAGGUCAUCAUAGCGACCUCUUUUAUACGGACACCUCUCUAAUACGAACAAUUCGCUCUGUCCCUUUGGUGUCCGUAUUAGAGAGGUUGGACUGUAUUUUUUUAUCCCUUGUGGCCUAGCCCUCGCAGCAAUAGUUAAUAAGUACAGUCGAACCCCGCUUUACGGACACCCCGUUGAUACCCCUUCAGUGUCCGUAUCAACGGGGUUUGACUGUAAUUGCUGCUUUCUUGAUGAUCGCUGAUCUCUUCGAUUAAAAGAACUAACUCUUCAACCACCGUAGCGUUCGCAGCGAUCGUUGUGAAGAUAUCAAGCCCAGCCCUCGCAAAUUAGUGUCUCUAUUUCCUUUCCUAUGGUAUUGAUACCCUUAUUAAUGUUUGGAGCGGUAAUAUUCGCGUUCCUUAAAGUGGCUGCUCUUUUUUAAAGGAUUUUGCUACGCCAUCCCUGAACUGUUGUGAUAGACCUGUCGAAGCCCGUGUUGAACGCGAUGAAGGUGGUGCCGAUGAUGACAAAGAAGAUACAGCUGUCGUUCAGUUGUCUUUGAGAAGACACUGGGAAACCAGGUAUGAUGUCGCGCCAUGUGGUAUCUCGCCACGUUGAGUUUCGUGUUUCACAGCUAAAUUUUGAGUUAUGUGUAGUUCGCAAAAUGGCAAGAGCUCGUCAUUUGUACACUAAAGCUAACGCCCUUUGUAAACCGUGAAGUUUGUAUCUAAGUCAAAUUCAUGGAAAAUAGGUGCACGUUUUGCAAAAAUUUAAACACGUUUAAAAGAAAAAUUGAAUUUCUCCUUCUGUUUUUGUAAACUCCCUUCUGUGAUUGUUUUUUAUAAGUGUGUUCAUGGAUUUCAUUGUUUUAAUACAGUUCACACCCCUACAUAUUCUUUAACCAAGAUGGCAUUACCAUGACGUUUGUUGGCUUCCAUAUUGACCGAGAUGGCAAUUUAAUUGAUCCAGACAGCCGCGAUCUCAUCCAGCGUAAUUUAAUGUCAAGGCACUUGCGCACUGGUCUGUUUGUCCAAAAGGUUGACAUGGAAACCAAUUACGAAUCUUGGAAAAAGUAAGUAAUACAUUUCUCCUGUGAUUUGAUUUUGUAGAUCCAGAUUAUUCUACUCUACCAUUUUGGCGUGGUAUCGUUGCAAGAUGUGAUAAGGUUCAUACGCUGUGUUUUAUUGCACACAGGGGAGACAAAAUCGAGAAGCUUUGUGCAGUGAUGGGUGUUGAAUGGCUCUAUGAUCCGGAUAAUGCCUACGAGCUCACCACAGACAACUUUAAGAAAAUUCUGGCCAUCCAUAUGCGUUUCAGGUAGGGUGAAAAGUUUAGAAUUAGCGAUGAUUUUUGUCAGUACCUUCAGACCAGUGAAACACGAUUUGAAUGUAGGAGCACAAAAAUCAUCACUUGUCCCUCACCCCUUCCUCGUUAUUCCUCCGAGGUCGUCAAGUCACCACAAUCAGAUAGUCAAUUUAAUUUUUCUCCUCCUUCUCUACAUGUAAAAUUUCAUUGAAUCCCUUCCGUCUCCACCAAACCACCACAAUUCCUCCUUCAUCACCAGACCGUCACAGUGUAAGUGUCGUCCUUACUUUUCCGCUAUCAGUACCACAGUUUAGGUCUCGUCCUUUCUUUUCCACAAUCACCAACGCCAUUUCAUUGUCGUCCUUCCUCGUUCCUGACAUCCCCACAAUUUUUUUGUCGUCCAUACUCUUCCACUACACCGCCGCAAUUUGAUCCUUGUCUUUCCUCGACCACUACAUCGCCGCGACAACUUCCCUUCCCUUCACCAGUUUUAUAGUCGUUCUUAGUCCUCCACACCAGCGUCACAAUUUUAUCGUCUUUCUCCUUCUUUAACAGAGCUAAGUUAUAUUUUCCUUUAAUAGGAAAAUAAAAAAAAUUUCGGCGAAAGUUGUAUUUAGGCCAAUCCUAAUUUGCUAAACGAUCCUCCUUCUUAAUGUUUAUCUAUGAUCUCUCUAAGGCCGCCUUAACCCACUGAAUACGGCCAUAGAAAUUUCAUUGAUUUGUAGAAGUUACGUUUAAGAGCAGGUAGACAAGUGCUUUAUUUCUCACAUUGUCUUCAACUCAUUCAACAGCUAUUAAAAAUGCUUAGUCCUGCUUGGGUGCUGUUGAUGCAGUCUCAGGUUUGGCCAGAGUCUUAGUCUAUUUUGUUUGUCUUUGCACUUAUUCAAUUGAAGGUGUGGUAUUCCUGUGGUCGUAAUAGGCGAGACAGGCUGCGGGAAAACCUGCCUUAUUCGGUACAUGUGUGGUUUACAGUCAGGACCCGGAGGACCCAAGAACAUGCUGCUUAUGAAGGUAGAAAUCUGCUCACUGUUAUUUGUAUGUUGGGGGGGGGGGGUCAGGGAGAUUCUUUAACUUUUUUUUUCUUCUGUACCGUUCCUUUUUCGUUUGUCCAGGGAACGCUAACGUAUUUUCGGUCGUCUCUUCUGUCCGCCCAAACAGUGACAUCUGGGAGCCUGAGCCGCCAAAGGAUUUCUGUGAUGUAAUACCUUUUGUUUUGUUGUUUACCACUGAGAUAAAACAAUAGAGUUACAGUUUGAGUGACUCCUGCACGUGCUCGCGCGUUGGCGUGUCUAGGAAUUUGGCGAGAGUUUUAAUACGCUUUCGGCCGUGAAUUUUGAGACCACGACCCAAACGUUCUGAUAUCAACAUUUACGAAUGUGAAUCAGUGGUGCUUUCUUUGUAGAGAAACGUUUUCUAAAGCUAUGGAGAAAAAUUGUGACUUUGGUGCUCAAUAAUCGUUACAACCAAAAGAGAAAUAAAAUGUUGUCGUGUGCGUACUCGCAUCUAUCUUCCCAUAAUCAAUAGUACAAAACAAAACUUCUUUUUUCGUUUCAAACAAAAAAAGGAACAAACAGCAAUUAACAUUGGUACGCGGUAAACCAAUGACUUUUCGUCAUCAAAAUACCGUAAAAUUCCGAAAAUAUGCCCCUCCAUGUAUUAGCCCCUCCAAAAAUAAGCCCCCCAAUGCGGUAACGCAAAAAACCCUCCGUUAAAUCGCCCCUCCAAAUAUAAGCGCCCCGGGGGCUUCUACUUGGAAAAUUGCCCUCAAAUACAUAGUAAAACAAAGCAAAACCUGUAAAUUUACUUCCAACUAUACGGCUAGCCCAAUCGAUUUUGAAACGCAAAUUUCCCUCCGUAGAUAAGCCCCUCCAAAAAUUAGCCCCUCAGAAAGGGCUUUUGAAAAAUAUAAGCCCGGGGGCUUAUUUCGGAAUUUUACGGUAUUCCCACGUGAUGAAAACAACACGACCUUAUCAAUCUUGAUUUUCUAAACGCCAUAGGCAAGUAGACGAAAAUAUCCCUCUUCUCUUCUUCAAUAUAUUUUAUGGAAUCAUCCUUGUGUUUAUUUCAUCUAUAAGCUUUCGUUAACGCUCCAUGAUCUUCCAUUGUUGUUACGACUUGAAGGCAUUGUAGACACAUGUGGAUUAACGCGCACGAAUGCGUUUGAGCUAACCUUUGAUUGGCUUUAAUUUCUACGUUUUGCGGCUUGGACUCGAAGACGUUACGUUUUCGGCGUAUAGAAGCGACAACCAAAAACACCUCAACGUUUCCAGGCUUUUUUCGACUUUUUUUUACUAAAGUGAGGGAAUUGUUUGACCCAACUCAAUGAUACUCACCGAGCUGAUCAACGUUGCUCGUACUAUAACAUGGACUAAUUGAACGGUGAAUAAGAACAAAACUUGCACGCGACAAAGACAGGCUGCAUAUAUAUUAAGUUUUUGGCCAAAAAGUUGUCUGAUUACUGAAAAAUCUCUGAUCAUUAUGCUAUUCUCUUUUAUGUAAGAACGUAAGACCGUAGUUCUGAAAGCCAAAUGCGAAAUAGACCCGAUUCGUAAACAAACAGGGCUUGUUUCUAUUUCGGCUUUUUCCUAACUUACUUCGUGCAGAAAUUCCGCCACUUCGUGAUUAGUUGUUAUACCGGAUUAGUGAGGAACAUACAAAAUAUACGACUGACGCCUUUUUAUUGUCCCUUUCCCUUGUGAUGUUCAGUAUCUCGCUCUUGGCAUUUUGGGAAUGAAAAAAGUGAAAAUUAAUGAAGAGUCAGCAAUUGUAGCUUGAAUUAUGUGUUGACAGGUUCAUGGAGGUACAUCCUACAAAGAUAUUGAGAAGAAAGUAGAACAGGCUGAGGCUAUGGCCAGAGUGAACGAAGGCCUUAACAUGGAUACAGUGCUGUUCUUUGAUGAAGCCAACACAACAGAUGCUCUAGGGAUGAUAAAAGAGGUCAUGGUGGAUCGCAGAAUCAAUGGCAGAAAAAUCGGAGUUGGGCUAAAAAGAUUGCAGUUCAUUGCAGCAUGUAAUCCUUACAGAAAGUAAGUGUACAACUGUUUAGCCUGUCGAUGCUCUUACUUUUAGUAAAUAUACUAGUAAUAACCAAAGGUUACGGAGUGCGGGCGACAACGAUCUAAGGUCAAAACGCCUUUGCUCCAUCGCUGUGCUUUGCGUAAGUUUCACGUGACAGAUAGUCAAGACACGCGUGAUUAGAUUACGAGUGAUAGAAGCUCCAAACACGCGUGAUCAAAUUAUGUUCUGUGCAUUCUAUUCAGUCGUAGUGGAAGUCCAAACCACUGCUGACUACAUACGUGCGACGCAUGCGUAAUACCAACCUGGAGAUUAGGAUUGCCGGCUCCUCUUGUCGCCCGCAACAAAUUAAUCCUUUUGUUUUUUAUCAUGUAGACAUACAGAUGAAAUGAUCCAUAAACUAGAAUCAUCUGGCUUGGGUUACCAUGUUGCAACUCAAGAAACACAAGAUCGGCUUGGUAAGACAUAACAGACAUAAAUUAAACAUUCCAAUCGCGGCAUGCCUUGAAAGAUAUAGUAAAUCCUGCAUUAUUAUGGCGUUUUUACUACUCAAAACAUUUUGAGCACAUUUUUGUCAUACAGAAACAAACCUUUUUCACGUUUAGGGGGUCAUACUCAAUUGUAAGGUAUUCACGUCCUAAUUGAAAUCACCAAAUGUCCUGUGUCAAAUGCAAUCAUGUGAAGAAAAAUUGAUAGUAAAUAAUUUUUUGUUAAAACAUAUGCUAAUAGAAGAAACUUGCUACGUUAAACUAACGUCAGCCAGAAAGUUUUUGUGUUCAACCGAAACCGAAUUAGAUUUCACCCGCAGACUGAAAUGUCUAGGUUGGUUUGGUUUGCUUUGUCAUAUUUAGUUUCAGAAAAUAAUAGUUUAUUUGCUUUAUGUUUAUUCUAGGACGCAUUCCUCUCCGUCACCUGGUCUACAGAGUCCAUUCUCUGCCAGAGAGCAUGCGUCCAUUAGUCUGGGACUUCGGGCAAUUGAAACCUGAAAUCGAGGAGCUCUAUACGCGUCAAAUUGUCAGCAGAUUUGUAAGGGGAAUUUAUGUCGGGUGACAUAGCGUUUCAGUGUUUUUACCAAAUAAAGGAAUGUACAUAAAACCCUGCCUUUUCGAUGUAGUUUCUCCUAAUAUUACUUAGAUGUUCUUUGCCGAUGUUCUAGUUGGUUUUUUUUAAGUAUAGAAAAUUUCUUCGCCUUGGAAAAAUCGUAGUUAUCAUUUGUCGCUAUCGACAUUAACAUGGCAGAAGUAAUAUACUGUGCAAUUAAUGUCAUACUUGUGGCUUUGAAAAAUAACCUUGAUGUUUUGAAAAUGUUCGCGACAGUUAUUCAUUUUUGUCUUUCAUUUACUGCUGUUCUUUUUUCGUUCAAGGUUCUUCAAGAAAAUCAGAUUCCAGGGGAUGAGUUACUGGUUAAAGCUCUGACAAAAGUGCUAACAGCUUCUCAGCGUUACAUGAGAGAACAAACGGUAAAAGAAUCGCUGUUUGUUUUGUUUGUUGUGUUUGUUGAUGUUGGUUUCCACAAAUGUACUGUUCAAUUCUUUAUAAGUUUAACAAAAUAUGCAUGCGUUCUGAUUGUAACGGUUCUGCUUGUUAACACACAUUUAUGCCUGCAGUUAUAUAGCCUGAACUUGUAUUUAAGGCAGAUUUCUUUGAAACUUCUGUUAAAUCUUGGUAUCUCGAGCCGCUGUUAGCUCGCAUCUCUCAACAGUUCUUGUUUGAGUUCGAUUGCCAUUGAUUUGUUUUUCGUGGUUUCUAAUCAAUUACCUGUUGUCUUACUCCAACAGCUCCUAUUUUUCGUUCUAUAUUUCAUUUUUUUACCUAUUCUACUACUUUUUACCCUUUCCACCCGCCCAAGUGAGUAUUUUCUAGGACACAAACCUGAAAAAUGUUCGCUUAACUCAAUUUUGUAGGAUGAAUGUAGCUUUGUCAGCCUUCGAGAUGUGGAACGUGCAAUGAGAGUGAUGGUCUGGUUCUACAAUCAUCGCGAUGUUCUUAAUCCUCUAAUGGAUGAAAACAUUGACGAGGAAGAUGAACGGAAUGAUUUGGAGAAGGUAAAGUGGAUUUGUCAAAUAGACGUAGUAGACAUACUAAAAAGACAAAUUCUGAGUAUGUUCUUGAGAGACGUAAUAGAAUAAAAAAGACAACUUUCCGCUCAUUUAAGAAUAUAUCUUUCUUUACUGAAAACAUUCUUCGAUGUGCAGAAAGAAGUGCUUUUCAUGUUUUCAACUAUCCCCCGUCAAUUUUCUCUUGCAGCCCAUUGAUGACGUGUCACGUGCCCUGGUACUUUCACUUGGAGUUUGUUACCAUGCAAGACUUCAAGAAAGAAAGCCUUAUCGACGGGCUGUGGCGCCCACCUUUUCUCCUCCUUGCCAAAUACCAGGUGGACAUAAGCGCAUUUUGCAGGAAAUAACAAGGUAGAUCGUACAAGUUCGUUUAAAUACUCUCCGACUAUUCAAUGUAUUAUUUAGUCGUAUUGUACCGAAUAUGUCUUAUCAGGUACCACAUCAGGCGUUGCACUGAGCUGUCUGCAACCGGUGGUUGGCCUUGUAACCUUAAUGUUUGUUUUUAAGGUUGUUACGCUCAACGGGAAUACGUUGACAACAAGCUGCGGUGUCUCCUGCAGUUUCCAUUAGGUUAAGUCUUGACUUUUUGUCAGUGGCAUUUUGAGGCAUUCUGGAAUAUGUAUAAAUAGAGAAAUCGUGUAAAAAAGGUAGAAACUAGUUAAGUAAAGUAGUAUACAAGGAAUGAAAUCAUCCCCUUUUUUGGGCAGAAAUCUCUUCAGUGGGGGAAAGAAUACAUGAGGGGCGCAGCCAGGGUAGUUUUCACAAAUUUCCAAAUCCGCUAUUCCCCCAACCCUUUAAAGUGCCAAAUCCUUUUCUGGUUCCUUGAUUAAAGGUGACACUACGUUGUAGACCUGAGCGUUCUUUACUGUAUAUGAAAUGACGUAAGUUGUAAAAUUCUUGCGCCUUUUUGUUGGUCUUCGACUGAAGAACCUACAACUACUACUACUUUCUACCUGACGGACUGUAUUUAGCGUUUGCUUGAUUUUGCCUCAGUUAGUCCACCGCGAAGGCAGGGCAAAGUGAAAACAACCCUUUCAAGCUUCAUACCAUCUCAGCUUGCAAUCUGCCCGUUGUUUGAGAUAAAAAAAAUAUAAUAUUUCAAAGAAAUAAGCAGAGUUAAAUAAGUUGAGACAAACUGUGCUUGUUUUUUUUUAACAAACACCUUUUAUAACCUCUCUUGCUUUUAUAUAUUAAUUUUUUUUUCUUUAUUUCCGUAUUUUCUUGAUUAAAUGCAUCCGGCGUUUAUAUAAAAUCAGCAGUUUUGACCCGGCGUUUUUUCGAGGCCGACGAUUAAUCGGGGUCCGGCGUUGAUUAAUCAAAUGCAAUUUUCUGUCAUUUUUUCAAGUUGAUUUAUUAUUACCUGUCCUCGGAGACUCAGGGGUAAUUUGUUAGGGCGGGCGCGACGAUUUUUCCCUUCGUCUUGCCCCUGGCUCUCCGAGGAUGAUUACUGUACGUACAUUAGCCAAAGUUGCAGUAUUAUAGUACCGUACAUUUUGUUGUGCAGCAUCCAUCCUAAAGUUAUGCCGGUAUUUUUCCUUUGAGCGUUCAUUGAACUACCAAUUGAAAACCACAUACUGUUCUUGGUAAGUCCUAACAGUGCUGUUCAAGAAAAUAUAUUUUCUUGCAACUGGACCUUGUUACCUCCACAGCAAAUGAACGCCGAGACCUCGAACAAACGCCCGGGCUAAUUCUUUAUUCAUUGAUUCUUGGCGCGCCAAAUCGUGUUGUUUAAGGCAAACUGGCUCUUUCUACUACAAACAAAAACAAUUUUUUUUUUACUUUCCCUUUUUCCCGUCUCCACAUUUCUAUUGUUUACUCUCCACCGCCACCAUCACCACAUUUCUCAUUUAAUUUAUUUAAUGUAUUCCACUGCAAGUUAAUGAGAUCCUACCACAUAUUAUUCACGAAAUAACGAAAAAAGGCUUUGACGUCAUCGACGUUUAUGUAUUCCGGCCCUAGUUAAUAAGACUCCUGCCCCCAAAACGGAUAAUUUCAGGCUCACUUUACUACUCAGAAACUUAGUCAGCUGGCAGGGUUACAAAAUGAAUAAGAUUGAUGAUUGCUUCUGCGAGCAUUUUAAUAGAUUUAUCGCUAGAUGUUUAAUAUUGGUUCUUUUUUUUCUACUUCCGUCUACACCAGAUGCCAAAAAGCAGUGUUAAACGAAGCAGUGUUAAACGAAGAAGUGUUAAACGAAGCAAUGUUGAACAAGCUAGGCCCGGAACGUAAUAUCGCACGAAACACAGCACUGAGUGAGAAUGUGUUCCUGAUGGUGGUGUGCAUUGAACUCAGGAUUCCGUUGUUUGUGGUUGGUAAACCAGGCAGCUCUAAAUCUUUAGCCAAGACUGUUGUGGCUGCUAACAUGGAAGGAGAUGCUUCAAAGUCUGAUCUCUUCAAGACCUUUAAACAGGUGACGCUAAUGUUUUGGCAAGAUGAUCACGAACUAUUGAUGGUAUAUAUUAAUAGUCGAUUAAUUAGAAUUUCAAAGAGCGCUAAGUAUCUCUUAUAAGAACGACAGAAAUGAGGAGAGGAAAGAUCACAGCAGGACUGUUUAGCUUAAUGUCUUCUUCGUUUGUGUUGAUCCUAGUAUUGUAUCUUUAAAGACUCGACAUUGCCCAAAGAGAAUUGCUUUUGUCCGUCAUGUUCUGUGGUUCGCUAUUCAUUUAUGCUAAAUUCAUGUUCCACAAGGUUCAAAUGGUGUCUUAUCAGUGCAGCCCUCUCUCAACUGCGGAAGGGAUUGUUGCGACUUUCCGUCAAUGCAACAACCUGCAGAAAGACCAAAACCCAGACAAGUUCGUCUCAGUUGUGGUCUUAGAUGAAGUUGGCCUGGCUGAAGACUCGCCUCUAAUGCCUCUUAAAACGCUUCAUCCUCUUCUGGAGGACGGUGUUAGCUCCACUGAUGACAUCAUAGAGGUGGAAGAACAGUUUCCUGAAAGAGUGGCCUUUGUUGGAAUAUCCAACUGGGCCCUUGAUCCUGCAAAAAUGAAUCGCGGUAUCAUGCUUUCUCGUGGGCUUCCAGACACAAAGGAGCUGGUGGAAAGUGCAAUGUAAGUUCUCGUUUAGUUUGAGACUUAAAGUUGUAUUCGUAAGUAAAGGAAGGCGCACGAAACUGCUCGCUUGAGUUUAACGAAAAAAACGUCCCUGACUGCUCCUAACCCUGCUAAAAAUUGGAGCUGUAGGUUAUAGGGACCAAUAAAGAUAGAGACAGGGGAGAUGCAGACCAGAGUUAAUACUUUUUACCAGAUAGACAUUAUAAGACCGUUUCCUUGUUACUGUUCUUGUCAUACUAGAUGUCUCACUUUAUAAACAUUUGCUAUUAGCAAAAUGGUGACUGUGUUCAAAGCAGACCAGUUUGUUUCAACGUUCAUCGUUAAAUGAGAAAGACAUUUUUGUAGCUGAAAUAUAAAUUUUAAGGUUCAAUUGACAAAUUUAUGGCUUAUCAAUCAUGAGUGGAGGAAAGUGCUUACAUGUUAACUUCAUGUAGAUGUAAUCAUGGGCCAAUUUAAUUAGCGUGAUCCAUCUUCUAUCUGUUGCUUAGGGGCAUUUGUGCAACUGAUGAAAGAGUGCAGAACUUUGUUGCUCCACUUAUGAAUCCACUGGCGAAAGGUUACAGUAAGUUGUACAAUAGUCAGAGACGGUCGGAAGCUCUUCGGGAGUCCAAAAAGGAGGAGUUCUUUGGGCUUCGUGAUUUCUACAGGUAGGGAUAUACACAGUGCAGUAUAAUGUUUUCAGCUUAUUUAUUUUAAGCUCUUCUUCCUCAAGGUUCUUUUAAGAAGAGUAGAAUGUCAGAAAUGGCCUAUUUCAUUCAUGAAGUGGUUAUGUGUUGCAAUUUAAAUUUAUUUCAGUCGGACAAUUUUAAAACUUGUUGGACAUUUUAUCCCGGAUCAUCGUUAUAACGUAGAUAACGUAAGGAAAUCGAUAUUAAACUGGUUUAAAAAUGUUCAGAUAAUCACGAGCUUAAGUGUGCAUCGUUUACGUUAAUGUUCAGAUAAAACAAGAGUAGCUUGAAUCCUUUUUUUUUUUCAUAUCUGAUUUUAGCUUGGUUAAGAUGGUGUACAAAAUAGCCAAGGAGUAUGGGCGAGAGCCGCGUUGGCCAGAAAUCGAACAAGCGAUCAGAAGGAAUUUCGGGGGACUGGAUGAGAUUGACCCAGUGAAAAUCUUUAGCAAAUACUUUCCUUUUAGUAGAAACGAUAAGGUAGGAGUGCUGAAAAAUUUGUUUGUUUUAGAUUUGCCUGCGAAGCUUCCACCGUAUUUCACAACUAGGUAGCUGGUCCACUCAAGUCCUUCAAGGUUAGGUUGGGCCGGAAUUCUUUGCGCAAACCGACAUGCAGAGUUGUCAGUUACGUCAGUUAGUAAUCAACAUUCCUCGUUGAUUUCGUAGAAUGUAGGGUUUUACAGUAUGUCUUUUAAUGUAAGUUAUCUUUCAAGAGCACUUGUCGGACUCUUAAAACGGACAGAAUGUUACUAGGGUAUAAAUGUACUUUUCCUUGAAAGGAUAUAAUAGUAAUACUCGGCAUCGUCUCGGUACAUUUCCGAAACUAUGCAGGGAUUUCUCCCGUGUUUUUUUGUGAUUCUUUGCGUUGUUACUCUUUGUUUUGUAGAAGAAGCAAAAUAAAGAUGCCUUCUCUGCAGUGAACCUGAUCAAAGCCAGCCUCGAACGCAAAAUCUCCGGAGGGUAUGAAAAUUAAUAGGAUAGAUUACCCUGCUGCGCUUAUGCAGUAAAUAAACAAGUUUAUUCCAAAUUGACAUUUGUCAUGUUUCAUUUCAUUAGAGAGAGUCGAUAUCUGUUGGUGCUGACAGAGAACUAUGCAGCCUUGCCUAUUGUUCAGCAGGAGCUACACAAAAAAGGCGAAGAACCUGUCGUAAUUUUCGGCAGCAGCUUCCCCAAGGACCAAGAAUACACUCAGGUACCAACAGCUGUAUUAAAAAAAAUAGUGUUGUUUCUAAUGAAAUGGAUGUUCCGUGAAUUACACUGUUUCAUUACUAAGAACAAACUCUCUCUACAACACAGGCUUCUUGUGGGUAUCAAAUAAAACAUAGCAAUGAGUAAUAGUAGAGACCUUUAGAUUGUAAGACGAGUACGACAGCGAGUACGAGAUUUUCUCCGUACUAAGUAGUACUCGCGCGUAAACCAGCGUCAUUUUGGCGGGGAAACGUGGUAGCCGUCGUCACUCUACUACGAAUUUUAGCGAGAAUGUCGAAGUGGGGAAAACGAGUCAUCAAACGUUGGAAGUUUUAUCAUUUUGCGAUCGGGAGGCCGCGUAACGUCCUUCACUAAAGGUAACAGUGCUACCUUUUCUAGUGAAAAAUGGUAAAAUGAAGCUUUCCGGAAAGUCUAUGUUUUGGGAAUACGCGAAAAAACUUUAAGUCAAAUCUCGAACUCGUAGUCGUUCUCGUCCUUGAAUCUAAAAGUCUCUAGUAAGCGUGCGACAAGCCUGUAAGCCCUUUCCAUCGUCUCCCGCGCGCUUUCUUUGUUCCCUCUCCCUAAGACACAAUGAGGCAUAGACUUUUUUCGUUGACCAACCCGUUACCUCUCAAUGACCAUCUCCCUUAACCAAUUACAGUCUUUAACGGCCACCUGGGGACCGAAGUAAGUGGUAGUUGCAACAGAACCGUUAGAGGAUAUACUGAAAAACAGACGUUUUUAAAGGUAGCUUACUGCCGUUUUCAGAACAUUAUAUCACCACUCUUAAGUCAUUAGUUCUUUCAGCUUAAGCUAUUUAAAAUAUCGCUGUGCUCGCUUUAUUUUUAUCAACAAACGUAGCGAUCUUUGGAAUGUUCAGUUGUAGUAUCGUCUCAUAUGUUUCAGGUCUGCCGUGACAUAAAUCGCAUUAAAGUUUUUAUGGAAACAGGGAGAACUGUCAUUCUCUUGAACUUAGAGAGCCUCUACGAAAGCCUUUAUGACGCCCUAAACCAGGUAUAACUGGCUGGGAACAUUAUAUACACAAAGAUCGGUAUCACUACAAGUUAAUCAUUAUAAUUCCAUCUUCUUGUUAUUAACAUUUAAACUCUUUGGGCCAGGUGUUUAAACGGAGUUUAGCCAGUGUUUAACAAAUCCGCGUGCGAAGCCACUUUCAGGUUGGCAAACGCUUUUACGUCAACACCAUUUAUCGUGAACAGUUUCAUUAAAGCAUAUAAAGUAAACAAGAAAAGCGUUUGUUUUCCUAGCAUCACCCACUAAGGAAGAGACGUGGAGGUUCAAAGAUUUCCUAACCCGCCGUUAGUUAGAUUGCGUUUAAAUAACCGAUCCAUUAUGUCGAUCACUCGAUCAUUUACUCCGGAAAUAGAUUCAAGCGUUUGUAGGCGUAAAUCAAGCUUUAUCGACUAACUUUAUAAUGGCGUUGAUGUUUGCGAUAUACUUCUUUAUCUGCAUUUUUCCAGUACUAUAUGUAUCUUGGAGACCAGAAAUUUGUGGAUCUUGGCCUCGGACGUCACCGUUUCAAAUGUCGCGUCCACAAUGAAUUCAGGUAAAAGGUCUUUAGACAGUACUUUCAGGCUGUACAUUUCCCCUGUUAAUACUUAGAAAUAAUUCCUUUUUUAUUGCCACGCCAAGUGAACAUAGAAUUGCCUUAAUGGCGUUAAGAUGUCAAAGAUUCGAUUCAGCCACUGCAAAUGCAGCUCGUAAGUUUUCGCUGAGGGAAUCCGGGUCGUUAAAUUACCGUGCUUUUUAACAAAGGUGGUUGGGGAUAGUGUGGUUCAUGCGAUGGGGUCUCGUCAUUGUGCUAUAAGUAGCGCUUACUAAUUCAUUUUCUGUCUAAACAGAUUGAUUGUCAUUGCUGAGAAAAAUGUUGUGUACAGUAAGUUCCCGAUUCCUCUAAUUAAUCGCUUGGAGAAACAUUACCUCGUGACUUCAGCAAGUCUCAGUUCUCCACAAAAACUCCUAGUGAACAAGUUGCAGGAAUGGGUAACAAGAUUUUCUGAUGUCAACAUCCCUCGUCACCAGCAAUUAAGGUAAAGACAGAAAGUCUGUCAGGAAUUUCUUAGUGCCAAAAGGCAGGUUUUUGCGUCCGAUAAGCCCAAAGUCACAGUAGCGAAGGAAAAGAAUAGGGUAGAUAGAAAGAGCGAGGAGAAAGGAAGAAGGAAAAGAGAAGAAGCAAUGGUUGCACUAUUGUUUUUUAUAUUGGCCACUUUGAAGAAACUACUUGACGGAGGCAAGAUAUAUAUGUACGUACCUGUGGUAAGGGACAAAUUUGGAGAUGGCAAAAAUAAAAAUGCUCACUUCACAAACAGAAAUACUCUUCCCCUUACAAAUGCCCUACGGGCUCGUGCACUUGUUGGUGUUUGAAAAAUUUACUUGUGCUUAUUUAUUCCAAAUUGCACUCGAAAUUCAUGUGAUUACCUAUAUUAAUAAUAGUUCUGUCUUGAAUUAAAAUAUUGAUAAGUUCUUUUGUAAUAUUUGAUUCAUGUCCGGCUUUUGUGAUGUCAUUUUUUUUCGACAGAAAAUACUCCCCUGGUGACGCAUUUGUCGGUUACCAUGCUGACACAGCAGCUUCCGUCGUACUGCAAGUAACCAGCAACAUUGAAGAAACCGAGUUCAGUAAUAAACAUUUUCAAGACAAGGUAUAGUGAGGCGUAACUCGGAUGAAUUUGAGCCAGUUGGGCUCAGUCUCUAAUCUAACCUUUGUUAGGAUCUCAUUGGUUUCUGGCACAUUUGUUUAAAGCAAAGUUCCCUUCCAAACUGCUGUUGUUCAGCAUAGCCAUCUGUCUGUUAGCAAAGUGUUAUAAAACUGUUGAUGAACUCAUAGAAAAGCAUGCUUUUUCGUGAGAGCGGUAGAAGUACACCUUCAUAACAAGGAAAGUGAGUAUUCACUCACCUUAUUCGCGUGAUCGAUUAACAUUCGCUUGCGUUUCAGGUCUUCCAAGAAUCGAAAGAAUUGUUGUUACAAUGUGCGACCCCUGACGCUGUUGCACGUCUGCCAUCUACACACCUUAAACAGCAAGCAGACGAUCUCUGGACAGCUUACUUUACAGUACAGCAACAUUCAAGUCUUACAGCUUUUCUACGAAAUGUGUUGACAAUAGAAGGAGGGAAUUCAGAAAAAGGAACCUUAGUUCAGGUGACGUCUGAUUUGAUCUCUCGCUCCGGUUAUUGAUUAAAAACGUACUACUACUACUACUUAUAAUAAUAAACUUUAUUUAACGAGGGUAACACGGGACAGUACUUCAACUGAAUAACUAGUGGCCCUCAAUCUAAAAUUAUAAAACAAAAAUUAAGUGACAAAAUACAUACCGUAAACGAAAAAGAACUAUAAAUAUAUCUAUGGAUAAGACUAAAAAGAGUAAACAACUAUAUUACAAUUAUAAAAUAUCCUUAAAAUGAAUAUCUACAAACUAUAAUUACAAUAAGAAUACAGCUAGGAUGGGUCAAGCAAAAGGAAGGUUGUGAAAUGCCGGAUAAGCAUAAAACUAAGAAAUAAAAUUAAGUUUCACUUAAGCUAAAAUGAUCAACGUCAUUGUAUCUCGUUAAAAAAAAGACUAUAAAUAGCCUUUCUAAAUGAGGUUACACAUGUCCCUUUCCUAAGGUCUAUGGGCAGAGAGUUCCAAAGCCUGGUCGCGGACACGCUAAAAGUUCUCCCUCCCUCAGAUUCGCGAUUAUACCUGGGGCAGACGAGGUUUAAGGCACUGUACAGCCCACUGCGUGUGUGUAAAUCUGCAUUGCAUUUAAGAAGGUCAUUCAUGUAGCUGGGGCAGUUUCCUUGAAGGCGCUUAAAGAAUAGCGAACACUUAUUGACUUUAGCUUCGUCAUAAAAUGGGAGCCACCCUAAUUUAUUAAAGAGAUUUACGCUAUUUGAUCUUGUGUCGGCUCCUAAAAUUACUCGGGCAGCACGUUUUGCAGCUUUAGAAUUCUCGUUGAGUUAUCAGCUGAGCAGUUUCACCAAAUAGUUGACCCAUACAACAUUACUUGUUUGAUCAUAGCAUUGUAGUAAAGUAUGCGCUGUUCAAUAGGGAUGAAUCUCCUUAUCCUUCCUUAUCUUAAUAAUGAAUGAAUUUGUUUCAGUUACGUUAUUAAUUGUCAUAACCACUUAACCUCUGUGUAGUACUUGAGAUAACUCAUUUCUCCCUGAAGGUGACAACUCAUUCCAGAUUACUGUCGUCAAAUGAUUUGCAAGACAUGGCACGUGCCACAUCUCUACCCUUGCCAAACGUAACAUGUCUGAGUCUGCAGCAGUUCCAUACGGAACAACAGUUUUGCUCAUCUGUGAGGUGAACGUGAUUACUUUCAAGUCUUAACAACUAUAGCAUUUCUAAAUGUUAGGUUUGCUCAUCCUUGAGGGGAAGGAAGUAACUUUACUUUAUAGGUUUCCUGCAAGGUUUUGUCAGCCUUGUGUUCUUGAAGUAUUUUAGUUGUACUCAUGUCACAUCCUGUGUUUUCUUGACUCGGCUUGUUCUAUAGGUUGCUCUACAUGUGAGAAGUUAGCUUGAAACUGAAAUCUUAUAGACAAUAGUCCAAUAAAAGCUGAAAUUUUUAACACAGAGAAGUCUUACAUUUUAUCUGUUAUAACAUUGUGAUUUGCCAGGGAUUUCUUUGCAAAACUUGGUGGAAGGGAAGGACUACUUAUCGUGCAAUGCGAUGCUGGAGAUGUAAAUCGCAAUUUGAUACCCUGUGCUCGCCACCUUCUGGUUGAACAAAGGACAACUGCCGAAGAAGAUUUCAAAGAAAAUGUUGGACAUGAUCCUUCAUCUUUCGUGCAUGUGGUUAUGAUUAUUCAACUUCCUCGUCUUGUCGGAGGCUGUGAAGCAUUUGCUGGUUUUCAAGGAGGAAGGUGGGUAUCUGUUCACAUUGACGAACUUCGACCGCCAACGGGUCACAUCCCAGCCAUUCAAUUCAUGGUGGAUCGAUCGGUGAGUGAGUUAUUUGAUGUUGCACCAACCACCACACGGGUGGAGAAAAUGGACGUUGAGGCAGCAAGAGAUGACAUGGAAGUCGACGAACAGCGUGAAGAAGGCAUUAACAUUGAAAUGGAAGCCUCAGAGCUAGCUUCUGGUGAUGCUGUCGUGGAUAGAGUGGAUAUCGUCAACCUUUUGAGAAGCUGUGUUCAAGCAGCUGUUGCAAGAAUUGAUGAUGAAUCUUGGCGCUCAUCACGAUCAACACGGCGAAUUGAGCUUAUGCUGAGUCUUCUUCCAGAUGGCAGAUCGGAUGGAACUGGUAAGAGUGGCGCUAUUUGAUUUUUACCUUGUUAGUCCGGCAGCAAAUGUCAUGAAAUAAAGUCCCGUGGGAAUUUCGUGAAGAAAGCAGGCCACUAGUCUAAAUGUGUUAAGGGGACCCUAAAUAACAUGAAAAGUUUUGGUGGCAACUUUGUAACUUGUUCAGACGGGAUUUAUAUGGGGUGGAAAAUGUCAUGUGUAUAUCCCAGCAUGGAAACGAGGCUCAAACAUAAAAUUGUCCACAGCUUUCCAUUAUUUCCGUAAAACUUUAUCAAAAUCCCCACAUUUGUGCAAAUCAAUGUUUCUAAUAUGAACAUACGAUUUUAAGAGGUUAUUGGGGUCACGUGACCAAGUUAGCACGAAAACGAGGCUCUCUCAAAAGCUGCACUGGUAACACUUAAAUUUCUCCUGAUAAAGACAGAGAUUGACAAAAGUAAUGCAGGUGAAUAUCAUCUGUGCAAUCAAAUGUAAUUAUUUGGUAAGGGUUAUCACGUGACCACGCUGGCAUGAAAACGAGGCUGAUACAAAAGCUGUACUGAGGGGCAAAAAACAUUACAAAAGAAUGAUGUAUAAAGUAUGUUAAUAGGUAACACCUGUGCAUUCAAACAUGUUUAUAAGGUAAGAGUUUUUAGAAUGGUGCACUUAAUAACUUUCUACAACCACAGAACUUAGCUGUGACUUUAUUUUCAACAAAAAAUAAAUCAGAGAAUUGGAUUUCCUGAGGUACACACGUGGAAGAGGGCCUGGACCGUGUUUCCACUACUUUUGGUCAGCAGUAGUUAUAAUUAGAAUAGAGGUCAGAUAUCCUUACUUACAGAGAAUGUAGCGAGAAUGGCUAUGGAGUUUCCUCGCAAUACAGGCAUUACAUUUAAAUUGUGCAUUAUCUGCCAGACACAAACAGACGAAGAACUUGUAGAAAAACCCGUUUCACACAAAAAAACAAUUCGAUGCAAUUCAGGAAAGAUCUCAUUAUGGAAAUGUGAAGUUCGCCGAGGUGCGGUCCUUUUUGAAAGGCUUUCCAUUUGAAGAACUAGUAUCAAGGCAUAGAACUUGUUAUCAAGAAACAACACAUUCAGGCAUGAUAAAAAGAGCUAAAGAAAGGUAUGAAACAGAACUGUGUGGUCCGAAUGAGGCAAGGUGAAAAUCAUGUGAUUUGGCACUGGAAGCUAAACAGCCACUAACACGUUCGAAGACAUCGCCAUACAACCGAGAUGUGUGUUUUCUCUGUGACGGUGAGGGAGGAUAUCGCCAGCCACUACACACUGUCAGUACAUUGUCUGCAGGUACAGUGAAACCUGUAUUAAGCGGAUAUCCUCGGGAAAUGCUGUAGUGUUCGCUUAUACAGGGUGUCCGCCUAAAACAGGUCGCGAUAGAUAACAUCAUAUGAGAUGUCAAAUGCCAUUCAAAUGAACAGUGGAAGUGUUAAGAAUACUCCCAGAGACUUUGAUGAUAUACGUUUGCAUUAAUUUCUUUAUCAAAGUGGACCAAUAAUAUUAUUGAUCAUAGUACCAUAAACAUAGACUGAAACUCAAUUUUGAAGAAACCAGAUGAGUGAAACAAGCUCUAUACAAACAAAACGAAAUAGAAAACAAUACUGUACUAUGAAACUAAUCAAAUAAGUUCGUCAAGUCAUGUUUUUAAUGUAACAAUCGAAUAUGUUGUGGGUGGCAGUUCGAGGUAAUCUUUCGCAUUUUUGGUGUCUGGCAUGUUUGGUGGUGGAAAUUAUUUAAUUACAAGUGUCCGUUUAAUAUAGAUUAGUAACAAUAGAAAUGACUUUUUGCAGGUGCUUUUUAGGUGUCCGCGUCCACUUACUAGAGGAGUCCGCUUAAUAAAGGUUUCAUUUAAAGUAAAUAAGGGGAAAUAAAUUUUGGGACUUCGGCUACUGUCCGCUUCUGUAGUUCUCUCGAUGCUGCCGUGAAGAAAGAAGGAGAUGAGAAGUUACAUGUCAAACUCUCGACUGCAGUUGACAGUAGAGAUGCUCAUGCAAUUGACAUCAAAUAUCAUAAAAACUGCUGGACUAAACAUGUCACAAAUGUGCUUCGUUAACACUCGACCACAACAAACUCGAGCAAGCAAGUGAAGUAGCAGCCAAGAUAGAGUUUGUAACCAUGGCGGAGAUUGCACUGAAGAGUAUCAAGAUAAUGAAUAUGUCGCAACUACAGGCUGCAUACGACACCAUCUCGCAGGAAAAUAAUGUGAAAGCGAAGACAUGCAGUCGUAAGGCUAUAAAGAAACUUAUCCAGGCCGACAUAGAAGGCGUUGAGUUCCGCAAGCCCAAACGUGUAAAUGACUUAGAGAGGGUAAGCAUCAAAGAAUCAAGAGAUGUUGCCAUUCAGUUCACAGUCUGAAACUGCUAAUGAAGAUUGUACAAGCAACAUGACACAAAGAUGAUCUUACAUGCUCUUGAUGCUACCGCUAAUGGCGCAACUCAACUACAGAUUCACUCUCUGGACACAGAUGUCUUCGUCCUUGCUCUUAGACGUUAUCUGGAAUUGUGUGAGAACACGCUGUUUGUCACGGGAAGAGGGCAACACCAUCGUAUUAUUGAGCUGAAACCAACUGUUGAAACUCUUGGCCCAGAGAAGAUAGCAGCACUUUCAGCAUCCCACGCGCUAAGCUGAGCUGACAACACAGGAAGUUUUUCAGGAAAGGGAAAGCUUCUCUGCUGGAAGAUAUUUGCAGAAGCAGAUUCAUCAGAUAUCACUACCCUUGCAGAACUUGGACAAGCUGCUCAUCCAAAUGAAGAAAUUGUCGCAGCCAUUGAGAAGUUUGUCUGUCUGCCAUAUCAACCAAGAACAAAACUUAUGACUGUUAAAGACCUACGAUGGAGCCUUUUCAAGAAAAAAUAAGCACAAUCAGACAGGUUGCCACCAACACAGGCCGCAUUGCAGCAGGCAAUCCUGAGAGCCCAUUACCAGUUGAUGGUCUGGAACAGCGACAGAAUAACAAACCCAGAGCUACCAUCGUUGCAGCACUAUGGAUGGCGGAUGGACCAAGAACAAUGGGUAACUGUUAUGACAAACAUGCCACCAGCCCCUUAAGCGAUACUUCAACUAGUACAGUGUGGAUGCUCCAAAAAAAGGUGUUCCACUAACCGUUGCCAGUGCCGCAAGGCUGGUUUAAACUGCAAAAACUUUUGCAACUGCUCCGACAAUGGCGAGAGCUGUGUUAAUGAUGUUCAGGAGGAAGACGUACUCGACUCAUAUGAAGAGGACAGUUCAGAUAGUAAAAUGUAUAUACAUGAGUGAACCACAUGAACAAUCACUAACAGUUUUUAUAACUGAUAACCAAGCUAAGAUAUUUUUUGGGGAGGUUAAAGUAGAUUUUGAUAUGCUUCUAAAACUCCUGUGAAAAGUGAUUCAAAAAUGGCAGGGAAAGUUUAUCUGAUCCAUUGGUUUUGUUCUGAAGAAAAAACUAGAUGACAGACUUGCUCAAAUAAACGAGUGCAAAUUACAAACUGGUUACCUGCCCUAUAUUUGUCACAUUAAUAUCUCUAAAGCAAUUCAUAAAACGUAAUUAUUUUCUAAAACUUUUUCAUUGUGGUAAAAUAACAAAGGCAACAUUUAUUAUGAUGUGCUUUUGUAUCAGCCUCGAUUUCAUGCCAGCGUGGUCACGUGAUAACCCUUACCAAAUAAUCACAUUUGAUUGCACAGAUGAUAUUCACCUGCAUGACUUUUGUCAAUCUCUGCCUUCAUCAGGUGAAGUUUAAGGGCUACCAGUGCAACUUUUGAGCGAGCCUCGUUUUCGUGCUAACUUGGUCACGUGACCCCAAUAACCUCUUAAAAUGGUAUGUUCAUAUUGGAAACAUUGAUUUGUACAAAUGUGUUGUUUUUGAUAAAGUUUUACUGAAAUAAUGGAAAGCUAUGGACAAUUUUAUGCUUGAGCCUCGUUUCCAUGCUGGGAUAUACACAUGACAUUUUCCACCCCAUAUAAAUCCCGUCUGAGCAAGUUACAGAGUUGCCACCAAAACUUUUCAUGUUAUUUAGGGUCCCCUUAACACAUUUAGACCAGUGGCUUGCUUUCUUCACGAAAUUCCCACGGCAUUACGUAUGCUCCCGGACUAUGUUAUGAUUGUCUCAAGUUCCACAACAUUAUGUAACGUCAGUGAGCUUCUGGCAAAGUAUGAAACAGAGUAACAUCAUUGUGAUUCCUUAUGCGUUAUUAACACCAACUAAACAUGUUUAAUUAAACCAGGUUUUCGCACGGGAUUCAAAUGAAAUUCAACAUGUUUUCUAAUUUGCACAAAAUUUGCAAUCAACUCAAGUCAGUAAGCACUUUUAUGGAGGAGACAAUUUUAAACCGUGUUGAACUAAACAGCUUCAGUUUUAAACAUAUUAAACAUAUUUAAGCUUGGUGUGAAUGUGGCUUUCACCUCGAUAUCGACAAGCCUUUUUUUGUGCUUUCUAGAUCUAUCAUUUGCUACUAUUUUGGCUCGACGAAUCCACAAACUUCUUCAAGAAAAGGAUGAGCGGGCUGGAGAUAAGGCAAAUGACUGGCUACGCUCUGAGGCCUUAAGCGGUACUGGAAUCCAAGAAAAUGGAACAUUCAGGAAAGCGCUGUGGCAAAGGGUCUAUUCAUCAGUUAUUCCAAUUCUCUCUGAAGUAAUUGCUUUUGUUGACCGUGACUCUAACCUAGAGCUAGUUAUGGAUGGAGGGAAUUGGUUGUCAAGUCUGUGGCUACAUUUUUUUCAAUGUGACAAGAUAGUCAAACUUCAUUAUGAUGGCUUUUUGUCGCUGGAAAGUGGCAUCAUACGGGAACGUGUUCCGGUGGUCACCUCGGGUCGUGAAACGCAGUCGCUUGAACUACAGUUUCCUUUCUCUUGGAUAAUUAAGGAAAGAAUUGAUGCCAUGUGGAGAGAGGCUUCAAGCAUUGCAGGUGAGGCACUUUUUUUUGAAAGAGUUGUUUCCUUUUUCAGAUUGUUUCUGAAAAAGGUCUACGAUCUGAUCUUGAUACUAACGUGUCUGUUUGUCAUUAGCGAGAUCAAACACGCCAAUCCAACAGUGUUUACAAGACCUCGUAAAUAACUCUUCAAUGGGCCGUUUUCUUGACGAGUCUUGGUUAGAAGGUUACGAAGAAGCUGCAGUUAAGCGUUAUCUUCACGAUUUUGUUCACACUAUGCUGAAGCCAUUAGUCCCUGAAGAGGAAAAGGUAUCAGGCAUACGAUGUGGAAUUUUACUUGUAGUUUGCUAACAUGUAGCUGCUUUUACGGGUUAACUUAGUAAGACUUAUUUGCAUGAUAUGCCAUCAGUAAAUUGAAAAUGAACGUCUAUUGUAUAGUGCUGACUAGGGCUCUUGUAGGACUGACGUUUCGACAACAUGUGCGGUGGUCAUCUUCAGAGUUAGAGUGAGUUGUAUCUCGUCAGUUGAUGGUAUUAAGUGCCAUUGUCUGAGAAAACCGGGCAGAGGCCACGGAUCGAGGUCAACCGAUUCCUUUCAUCUUUCGGCUGUUUUCAACCUUCAUUGAGACAGGAUGAAUGGCAGUAUUCUUAAACUUCAUCAGGUUUAGUUUCCGAGAUCAGACCACCCCCCCUAAAAACCAGCCGACAGCAACUGAAAAUACGUGUAAUUUAGAUGCUUAACUUCGGCAACGCGUAAAAUUUUUUCUCGCGCUGCAAAUACCUCCAACUUCAGGAUACUAUCAUUUCGAUAGACCUGCUAUCAUUCUAGGUCAUCAACGGCCACUUCCAACCAUUUAUGAAUGUCUCAAAGGCAAAAUAAUUUGCACAUAGAAAAAUUUUGAAAUAUUAUUUGCUUGAUGAACCACUUUUUCAAAAAUCGUUUUCUCACAAAGGCGGCAGUUUAUGAGGAAAUGAAAUACUUCUUUGUACUCACUAUUACCCCUACUAUACAUGUAAAAAAACGGAAGUCUGGGACCUGGUAAAUUACAAACGGUGUUAACGAGGGUUAAAAGUUCAUUUUAUCGCCAAUAUCGGGCGAAAGGUUAUGUCACGGAAAGUUUGUCACGCAUUCUAAAUUGAUCGAGACUUAAAUAAAUCUUACUGAGAAAUUCGGUACAUUACAAAUACAAAAUUCAGCUUCUUAUUGAAAAAGAAAGUUUAUAAAAUAAGGCCAUCCGUCAAAUAUCAGCAUUCUUUCUUUGAAAACUGUUUCCGUUUUGUUUACAUUUGCGCGAUGGCACAACGCCAGUUUUACAGUCCACAGAUUCUUCGGGAAAAAAUAAUAAAAAGUAAAAAACGUCUUUCGGGGAAUUUUCGAUGUAAACUUGGCUAUUAGAAUGACGGCUGAAUUCAACGGACAAAAACUUUGAUAUAUUAAUUUUUAUGGGGCUCUCUUUUAGAGAAACUUGAACAAGUUUUCUUUACUUUUUUGGAUUUCACCUGUCAGUCAUCCUAAUUACAAUAUUUUCACACACUCUUCGGAAAACGUUCAUCACUUUCUUUCAAAAUGAGUUGCUCCUUUUUUUCCGAAGAUUCACAUUGUGGACCUGCACCGGGAAAAGAGGAUAUUACUAUCGUUCCAGUAAAGUCGUGUGCGAAUAAUAUAUUUGACCAUCUGUCCGUACUCGGUGUAAGUGGAAAAACGCAAAGUGGAAAUACGCAAAUUGGCGAAGCUGAAGUCCUUUUUAACCGUGGCGGUUUUAUCGCGCCCAGCCAAAAACAGGUAGACGAAUUGACUGUGUGCCCACGGCAUAGAUAUCUCUUGACCUAUGGAUGGCCGGGUAGAAAGCGAUUGACAUGUUUUCAUCCUGAUCAUCUGGGAAAGCGCACGAAGGAGAAUAAUGCUCGACGCGUCAACCUGGAAAUGUCGAGAAGCAUAUAUUUCUUGGAAAACCAUUCAGUUCCACUUGGAGCAGGUAUGAGAAAACAUUAGUACAUGCAUUGAUAGAACACCUCUUGCCGGAGAACAUUAUCAGUGACUUACAGUUAUCAUAACUGAGCUUGGGUAGCCUGUGAUUCUACAGAAAGGAUCUUAUUUUUUUGGUAUCUUGAGUAGAAACCCUAGUUUAUUUCCAUCACGACUGUGUAAAGAGUGAGAAAGGAGUGAAUGUUCCUUAUUUUUCCACCCCAGCAUUUUUUGUGAGAGAAAACAAAAUCAGGACACGUUAUUUAUUUAUCUAUUAAUUUAUUUUGCCUUGGCCUCGUUAGUUAUAUGUACAAAGUGCAGAAAAAGACACUACCAGAUACGACAAGCAAAGGAACUUGAGACAACUGUAGUGGUAAGUUCAUACUACCCUGAUUAGCAAUUUUACAGUACAGUUAAAUUUGAAAAGCGAAUGACACAUUUAACUAAAACACAUAAAUAAAACGCAUAGUGGUUACCGUGUGGCACUAAAUUUUUCUCGUGGAUGCUAAAUUUUGCGGGGACUAUGUUUGAAUUAAUGAAGACUUAACAGCAAGAGAGGAUAAAGGAGACAGAGAAGGCAUCCCCCAUACACACCCUAUUCCAUAGGUAAUUCGCCUCGAGUUAUUUUUAACACCACUGAUCUCAAGGGGGAUUAGACAACAGCCAAUCAUAUAGCGCGAAUGUGUUCCGCGUGGAUGACCCACGCUCAGAGGCACGCGUCCUUCACUCCACGAAACAUCCACGCAGCCCGCGAGGUAACUUUAUCCCAUAUUAAAUUCUGCAAGCAGAAUACUGCAAUGCUGAUCGUACUACGUGAAAAUUAACUCUGCAAGACAUCAACACGACACCGAAAGAACUCAAAACAGAGAGGGAUUGUAGCCAUAGACAGCUGUUUCGCUCUCGUUGGGGCUUGUCAGUAUGGCGUAACAACCAGAAAGCUCUGGUGCAAAAUAUCUGCGCACUCUGAUUUAAGCUCUGACCUAGAACCCUCAAUACCCACAGAAUCACGCCAUACCACGUGUCUUCUGGGGGGCAAGAGUCCAAGUGUCAAGUUGAUGUCUCGCAGAGAAAAUAAAUAGUUGGCCAAAACCAACCUUAAAUACAUGGACAAAACCAUGCAAAAAUAACAGCAUAUCGGAUCUAUAAAAGAUCUACGGCCCCAGAAUACAUAAAGUACAAACAUUAACCACAAAGGACUGCAAAGGACCGCAAACGAAUAUGCCGGAAAACGUAGGAUCUAUAAAGACCUGAUCAGCAAAAAUGAAAAGUAGACAUAUUAAAUUCUGCAAGCAGAAUACUGCAAUGUUGAUCGUACUACGUGAAAAUUAACUCUGCAAGACAUCAACACGACACCGAAAGAACUCAAAACAGAGCGGGAUUGUAGCCAUAGACAGCUGUUUCGCCCUCGUUGGGGCUCGUCAGUAUGGCGUAACAACCAGAAAGCUCUGGUGCAAAAUAUAUAACUUUAUCCCGAUUCUAAAAAUAACUCGAGACGAAUUACCUAUGGAAUAGGGUAUGUAUGGGGGAUGCCUUCUCUGUCCCCUUUAUCCUCUCUUGUUAACAGCUAUUUCGAGAAAGGUUGUCGGAAAAAAUGUGCACGCGACAAUCCUGAAAGGUAUGGGUAUUAUCAAUACACUGAUCCUGACACUGUAGCUGUCGAACCUACUUUUGUUGCUUUCCUUUAGCACUCGCAAACAUACGUCCAUGGCCUCUCUCGUGCCAUUCUUUCAAAAUUUCUUUAAAGAACAGUAAACUCAAAACCACCCACAACUAUACCUUUCGGGAUUGUCGCGUGCACUUUUUCCGACAACCUUUCUGGAAAUACCUGUAUACUCUUAGUAAGUUGGCGAAAACAAUUUUGUGUUAAUUACCAACGAGCAGCCUUGCGAAGGCGCACUGUGAGUACAAUAUAUAAUAAUUAUUUUUAUUAUACAUUGUACUCGCGUUCUGUCGUUUCAUUGGCCAGGUUACUCAGUUAUAUGCCAGCAGAUUACUGGCUACUCUGUAGGUUGGGCGCGCAAUGCAUGAUUUCCAACUAGAUAGCGACGUGUGUUUCUGUACGAUUGCAUGUUUGUCGUUUCUUCAAAGCAAUGUAUAAUGAAACAGGUAAAACAAUAAUUAGAUUCGGUUUUUGUGAUAUCCGAAAUAAUCAAGGUUUCGGUAAGUGUUAUCAACCUCGCCCUUCGGCUCGGUUGAUUGAUGAUACUUUCCUCGACCUUGAUUAUUCCGGAUAUAUCACAAAAACCGAAUCGAAUAAUUGUUUAUUAUUUUCUCGUGAUGUUAGGAGAGCCCUCUUGUCAUUCAGGAUCAAGAGCCGUCAGCGUUAAUGACUUUUACUAAUGAGUCCCCCGAGCGACCAAAUAUCAGCUCUACUUCAGCAUAUGAAAGUGAAGUUGACAUUUCAUCCAUGGAUUCAGUGAUUGAAACGGAGGACGAGGCAGAAACAAGCUUGUGGGUUGAUGAAAAAGAAUUGCAACACGAGAAGAGAGAAACGCUAAACAAUGCCGUUGCAAAGCUUACUGAAGGUCGUUACAGCCCUAUUGCAUCAACACUAAACACUUCAUGGGAUGAUGUGUCAGUCACACAGCAAAAAUGUUACCAGCGCAAAAUGAAGGAGGUUAUUCAAGCAGCAUUAUCUGUUGUUGUUCCUGGGCAAGAAGAGUACAUGUGGAACUGUUUGCGAGAGGAAAGGGAAAUUGCAGAUGUAAGUGAGAAAUUACCAGCAAAAAAAAAACGAAUAGACACUGGCCUUGUACAAACGCUUAUAUCUGCCCAUAACGACGCUCAAAACUGGCAAACUAAGCGCCAGAUUCUUUCCCUUUUUGUAAAUGGCUUUAGCAAAACCGAGCUUCAAGAAAUGAUCCCAGGCCUAUCGAAAUGGCGGAUUGACCAAGCCCGUUGCCAUGCCACUGACGGAAGCGAAGGCCAGCCCAUUCAUGAUAAGCCUAUUUUUCGCGUACGCUUAGACCCUGUGAAGACGGAUCAUUUCGUUGACUACAUAUCAAGACCUUGCUUCUUACAAGAUGUUGCAUACGGCACCCGAAAACUGAAACUAGACAGUGGUGGACACGCUGUAAUACCUGCAGUGAUAAGAACCCUAACACCGUCAAGGAUUAUUGCACAAUAUCAAGCUUACUGUAGAGAAAUUGGAUUUGAUCCGGCAAGCGAACGCACUCUCUUCAGGAUUUUAGAAGUCUGCUGCGCUUCCAUGCAGAAGUCAUUGCAUGGCCUCGACUAUAUUACCACGGACGGCGUGCAAGCAUUUGAUUCACUUGAAGACAUGGUCAGUACUCUCAAAGCUGCUAAAGCCGUAACUUCCAACUGGGAAAAAGAAGCCAAACAGCAACUCUCAGAUGCAAAGAGAUACCUUAAGGCCGACUUCAGGUUGGUUGCAUGUGAGCAAGGAUGAGAGGUGUGCAGACCAUUGUACAAUGUAUGCACUGAGUGACCUCAAUGAUCCUCCAUUUAAGGGCACGUGUAGUCAUGUCCACGACAUCCGCUGUGACGCCUGUCGUGGUAUUGAAACGGUCCAGUAAACAGAUUGGCGCUGAAAUAGAGGGAGCAUUCAACGAAGAUGGUGAUUUUUUAACUAAACGAAAGCUUCAGUUUGAGUACGGUAAAGCACAAGAAGCCAUAUGCGCAUGGAAAGCGCAUAGUCUACGCGCUGUUAACCAAGAUCUUGCCAAACAAGAUGUGUUGAGUGCGCUUGACGGUGGUAGCUGCCUUAUCGUCAUGGACUGGGCCAUGAAAGUUUUACCUCUGUACUACAGAGAACAAAUGAGGGAUUUCUUUGGAAAGAGAGGUAAGAGCUGGCACGUAAGCUGUGUAAUUGAGAAAGAGGAGGACAGCUAUUCAGUGCAGUGUUUUUCUCAUUUAUUUGAAGAAUGCAAACAAGACUGGUUUGCUGUCGCAUCCAUCGUGGAGAAUCUUUUAGAGAUUCUUAAGAGAGAGAAGCCAUUCAUUUCAGAAGUAUUUCUUCGCUCAGACAAUGGCGCAUGCUAUCACAACGCAGCCUUGUUGCUUGCUCUUCCAGCCAUUGGUUCAAGAACUGGGAUACGUCCGUAGAGACGAUUUUUCAGAACCACAAGCAGGGAAAGACAUAUGCGACAGAAAAAUAGCUCCGAUGAAAGCCCACAUUAGACGAUAUGUGAACGAGAAGCACGAUAUGGCAACUGCUGCAAAAAUGAAGGAAGCUCUUGAGUCUCAUGGAGGUGUCAGAGGGAGCAGAGUAGCUGUUGCCGCUGUUAACUUAGCUAAUGAAACUGGUGGGACAAACAAAAUCAAAGGAAUUAGUAAGCUCAACAAUUUUGAGUUUACAGAAGAGGGAAUUCGCAGUUGGAGUGCAUACCAAAUUGGUCCCGGAAAACUGGUGUCGUGUGAAGGAAUGAAAUCACAGGGGAAGACUGAACUGAAGUUGUUACAGCCUUUUGGGGCAAUUCCCCAGGCCCAAGGCAUUUUCAACACGAGGCCCACUUAUAAAGAGCGAUCCGCCAAAAAUCAGGUCUUUUUCUGCGAGACACCAGGCUGCGUGGUAACGUUUGAAAACGAAAACGAAGCACAAAAUCAUAUGGACACUGGAGUUCAUAAGCUUAUUUGGAACGCGAAACACUUUACGACAGUGUGCGAAGAAAAUGGGCGCAGCAUGUUACCGAAAUAGCUUCCCGGACGACUCUUAGCGUGCCAACUACAUCAACCCGAGCGCUUGGUACAAGCAAUGGAAAUGAAGCUCCCACUUCGCAGGGUUGGGCACUAAAAGGUCAAAAAACUGCCACUAAGACCUCCGAGAACGUUAAAAGUUUUUUGAUUGCAAAAUUCAAUGAGGGCCUUAGUGGCCAGAAGGCAAAUCCGUCAGAAGUCGCCAAGGAGAUGCAGGAAGCUAAGGACUCGAAUGGUUCACCUGUAUUUUUGCCAGAGGACUGGAAAACUGCACGGCAAAUAAGCAGCUUUUUUUCACGACUGUCAGCAUUAAAGAAAAGCAGUCAUGUCGCUGCAGUAACAUUACGUGAUGAAGAAAAUGUCGAUGACGAGGAUCUUAGGAGCUGGGAAGGUCGCUUAGAAGCAGAGAGUAUACGGAAAGAAGUGUACAGUGCGGUGGAUCUUCAACACCCAGUUUAUUCUGAAGGCCACAAUAUUUGCUUGAUAGCAAAAGAGAGAAAGCCUAAAAAUCUCAAAGUUGUAGACCUAAAGAACAUCUGUACAAAUCUUUCUUUGACGACCACUGGAAAUCAGCAAAGAAAAGUUACCUUCAUAAACGCCAUUGAGGAGUUAGUUAAUUCUUGUUCAUGUGGCAAUUUGUUGUAAGACAUCGACUGUAUCGGGGUCGAUUAACUUGAAAAAAAAACAGACGUAUGAGAGAAGCCUAGAUGACUCAGUCAGAGACCAGUUCAGUGGUGACGCAAUUUUUUACGAUUGCUAUUACGGAAUUUUGACAUUGUAUAUAGUAGUUAAGAGUGUGUAUUAAGGACACCUUAACAAUCGUUACAAAUUUAUCUAAAUUUAUUUAAAUGUAUUUAUUUACAUACGCUCCUAAUUAGCCUAAUUAUUCAGUAGAGCGAUUUUCGUAUAACCUUGAAAUGAAAAGAACAAAGGAACAGAAAUAAAGCGGUUUGAUUGGUUUAUCGAACGGAUACAAACGCACGUGACUUUUGGUUGGUUAAGCGAACGCUCGGGUAAAAAAAGUUUAUGCCCGAGAACUUUUAGAAAUCAAUGGGAUACUUCGCUUUGAUGUCAUACUGCAACAAGAUUGGCCAAUCAAACAAUGCUUUCUUCCCUUUUAUUGGGUUUUCUUUGGCGGGAAAACGAAUAGUCCAUGUUUUGAUCUUUUCAUCCAUUGGCUUGUAAAACAAAUAACGAACACUUACUGAAACCAUUUUCAAGGUCAUACGCAAAUCGCUCUACUGAAUAUUUAGGCUAAUUAGGGGCGUAUGGUUAACCAAGACCUUCUAACCCGUUUUCUAUAACCUUUUGACUUAAAUGAGGGUAAGGUAUGGCUUGUUAUUAGAAGAGGGCACGACUGUUUUCCCUUUUUUUUUUACUGACCAUAGAUGAAAAUAAAACUGUGGAUAACGAAAUCACUAGGCAAAACAGCGUGGCAGAGUCUGCCCGGUAGACCCCUACGUUCACCUGCUAGCUAGGUCAAUCCAACUCACAUGAAAAUUACAACAAGGAAGGUGUUUUUCAAACUCUGGAGCCCUGUUAAAACGCCGCGGUUUGCUAAGGCUGGUUUAAUUGGUUGCGAAUAAACCAAUCACCAUCUGUGGGAUUGAGCGGUUUUGAACUUGGAUAUCCCUAGCUAGCUUAUCCCGCCAAUCGAUUUUUAUGUUUUAGCUCAAAACCAUUAAAUUCGUAACCUAUGCGCCUGCUUUUCUGGGAAAAAGUUUUUUAUUUAUUAUCCAAGUGUUCGGCAGCGAAAAAAUGUGGAUUUCUUUACACCAAUCAUUCGUUUUUCAUUCUGAGUCCCCCUCUUUAUCCAUGGUUUCCAUGUGGAAGAUUGGCUUGCCUUGCUCUUCCAGGUAUCUCGGCCAUGGCUGCCAUGUCUUAAUUUGCUCAUUGUUAAGAGGGUAUGUUUUUGCGAAAUAGUUUUUUAUUCUCGGCACUUAUCCUUCGUUUCAGUAGCUGAUAAGAAUAAGUACAUGUAAAGGGCUUUUAUACGACGGAACAUGUACCGAGUUCAUGGCGGUCUUUUUGUUCAAUAUCAAGAAUUAUGCAAUUUGAUACCGCCAUCAUUCACUUCUGCUAGAAACGGGUUCCACAAUUCGCUCGCAUUAUGCGUUUAUUGUUGUUGUUGUUGUUAUUUUUUAAAUUCCUUUUUGUAUGAAUAGAGAUAAAUGCUCAACGUUUUUACUUUUCUGACCCAUAAACAAUCGAGGAGUUAACAUUUCUUUGAGUAAUGUUAAUUAUGUGCGAUCAAACAGUGCGUGACAAACUGGCCGUGACGUGACAUAUCGCCCGUAUCGGUGAUAAAGUGGACCUCAAACUAUCGCUGACAGCGCCUCUAAUUUACCAGGUCCCAAACUUUGGUUUUUUUACAUGUAUAGUUAGGGUAAUAAUGAGUACAAAGAAGUAUUUCAUUUCCUUACAAACUGCCGCCUUUUUGAGAAAACGAUUUUUGAAAAAAAAGUUCAUCAAGCAAAUAAUAUUUCAAAAUUUUUCUUUGUGCAAAUUACUUUGCCUUUAAGACAUUGAUAAAUGGUUGGAAGUGGCCGUUGAUGACCUAGAAUCGUAGCAGGUCUAUCGAAAUAAUAGUAUCCUGAAGUUGGAGGUAUUUUCAGCGCGAGAAAAAAUUUUACGCGUUGCCGAAGCAUCUAAAUUACACGUAUUUUCAGUUGCUGUCGGCUGGUUUUUAGGGGGGUGGUCUGAUCUCGGAAACUAAAAGCUGAUGAAGUUUAAGAAUACCGCCAUUCAUCCUGUCUCAAUGAAGGUUGAAAACAGCCGAAAGAUGAAAGGAAUCGGUUGACCUCGAUCGGUGGCCUCUGCCCGGUUUUCUCAGACAAUGGCACUUAAAUUCUGGUUAUUGGCUUGAUUAGUCAAUGACGUCGCGAUGUUAUUGGUCACCUGUCAGUUAAGCCGUGAUGUUAUUGUCUAUGACGGUCUAUGAAGACCCUAAAUGUGACUGGUGCGUUUCAUUACGUUUUUUGUCACAGUCGUUUAUUAUAAGUCAAACUGUCGUUGUCAGUGUCGCUUGGGUCCGUCAAUAAGUCUUUUGUUACUUGUUGGUAACUGCUGACUUGGACGGCAUUUGUUUCAAGUUAGUAAACCAGCUUUCGUAACUUAGUCCUUGGUAGUAGAUGAAACAUCAAAUCGACUGGGACUCGGCGACGUGCAUUACGUAUUGUACAGACUACUACCAAUGAUAAAUUCAUGCAUUAUACUACGACUUAAACUAGUCUUUCUUGGAGACACUGUAACAAUAUAUUACUAAGAGCUCACCACAAGCCUUUUUUGCUUUUGUUUUUGUUUUAGCUUCUCUGUCAGGCUAUUGUUACAGCCGCUCGUGAAUUGUAUAUGGAGUCAAAUUUUUCUGAGGAAUUUAGUCUCAACAUCCCUCUUAUCCAUGUGGUGUAUGACGCUAUCGAGAAACGCUUGGCAAAUUUCAGCCAACUGGUUCAUGCGCAGCGGGACAUUGUACGCCGCCUUCUAGAAGUCAUUCCGCCCAACGAAGAGGAGAUGGUAAGAAUUGGUAUAUGGUAGGUAGUCUAUUAAUAAAUAUACCCCAUGACUGGACAUUCGGAGGAGCGCAUAUGACAAAAGCAAGCAGUCUACUGGACGGUUUUCCUUUUUUUGGCACGUACCCAAAGCUAUGAUUUACUAUUGCGAAGUUUUAAAUGUCCUUGAAAAUUAUAAUUGUACAGCAAGAGCUCGUUCUGCACUCACAUACGUUUUAAGGAAAUGCCAUGAUGCCACCUGCGGCGUAAUGCUGUUCUAGGAAAAAAAUGUCCGCAAAUGCACGGCGAAUGCAUGGCGAAUCUGGUAAAAAAAAAAUCGCCAGCGGGUCGGUGAAGAUUUCAAUAGCAAAGGGUUCCCUUUGAGAGAGGCGAUUUUGGCGAAAAUGGCAUAUUUGUCGAAAAUGGUGAAUAUGGCAAACAUUUGACAAAGUCUUAGCAAAAAUUCAAAUAAGAUGGCAAAGGAGCUCUUUGAAAGUGGUGAUUUUGACGAAAACGGCGAAAUGUCGCCAAAGACUUCAUACAGUAAUGGAUGUAUGUGUCGUUCUGAAAACAACGUCUCCGAUUAUGGCAGUAUCAAGCGUUCGUAUCCCACAGGUUAAAAUAGCGAUUUUGAAAUGAAUUAAUUCAUUCUUUAUACCCUAUGUAAACCAAUUGUCAUUUCAUUUGACUUUGGCGAAUGUUCGCCAUAUUCGUCAUUUACGCCAAUCUCACCAUUUUCGUCAAAAUCGCCACUCUCAUGUCACACUUUGUCAUCUUAUUUGAAUUUUUGCUAACACCUUGGCGAAUGUUCGCCAAAUUCGCUAUUUUCACCAAAUUCUCCAUUUCUGUCCAAAUCGCCACUUUCAAAGGGAAUGCCUUUGCCAUCGCAUCUGAACUUUUGCUCAGAAUUUUGGCGAAUGUUCGCCAUAUUUGUCAUUUACGCCAAAUUCGUCAUUUUGUCAAGGUCGCCACUCUUGAAGGGCCACUUUGCCAUCUCAUUUCAACUUUUCCUUAGACUUUGGCGAACGUUUGCCAUAUUUGUCAUUUACGUCAAAUUCGCCAUUUUCGUCAAGAUCGUCACUCUCCAAGGGCCACUUUGCCAUCUCAUUUCAAUUUUUCCUUACACUUUGGUGAAUUUUCGCCAUUUUCAGUAUUUUCGGCAAAAUCGCUACGUUCAAAGGGGACCUCUUUGCUAUCUUAUUCGAGUUGUAGCUAAGGCUUUGACGAAUUCUCACCAUAUUUGUCAUUUUUGUAAAAAUCACCACUUUCAAAGGGCCCCGUUGCCAUCUUAUUUGAAUUUUUCCUGAAACUGGCGGAUGUUCGCAAUACUUGCCAUUUUGGCCAAAAUCGCCACUCUCAAAGGGGAGCCUUUGCCACGUCAUAGGAACAUUCGCCAAACUUUGGCGAGAGUGCGCCACUUUUUGCCUUUUCGCCAAAUUUUCCUUUUUCGGUAAAAACGCCACUUUCAAACUGCCCCUUUGCCAUCUCAUUUAAAGUUUUGCUAAGACUUUGGUGAAUGUUCAACAUAUUCGCCAUUUUCGCCAAAUAUAUCAUUUGGCCAAAAUCGCCACUCUCAGAGGGAACCCUUUGCUACCUCAUGAAUAUUCGCCAAACGUUGGCGGAAUUUUCGCCAUUUUCGCCAACGCGUGCGUUUCUGGACAUGUCCCAUAAAAAUAUUAAGUAACAUACACUGCCUGUGAUACUUUCUGCUGUGAAGAAAGUAGCGGUUGUCGUAUGGUUUGUGUGACAUAAUGCACGUAUUUUCAGUACUCAGAUACGAAAUGGAAUUAAUGGCAAAAAAUAACAUUUUGCUUUUUGCCGUGAAUGGACUUGUAUGGUUAUUUGGGACAGCCUGUAAUCCUCUUUCUUUUUAUUAAUAUAUCUUCUUUAAUCAAUAUUGUAAUACUGUUUGGUACAAAUAAAGUUGUGUUGUUGAUGUUGUUGUUUGAAAAGUCGACUCCACUGAACACUUCCUUUCAUGGUCAUGCUACCUAUUACGCCCUACUCCACAGCGUUUUCACAAAGCUUAUGCAACAUUGAAUGUAAUGAAGAAAGCUUUCAACUCAAGCAUGACCUAAUGACACUCAUGACUGUCUAUUUAACGCAUUUUUCAGUGCUAUGCUGUGGAAGGGUGUAGUAGCCUCUGGCUACUAACCUCAUGAUUUGCGAAGCGGGAAAUCCUACUCUUCGAACAAAACGUUUACUCUCAGAAAUCCUUGGUGUGACUCUUUUGCAGCGCGUGCCUCAAGGAUACCCAUGACUGUUUUCUUAAAGCAACUCUUUGCACUCACUCUUCAGGUCCUUGAUGCAGUUGCCCUUCAGUUGUGUUUGUCACAGCUUGAACCAAGAGCAGAUGAGUUUGCUGAUCCUCAGACCCGCUUAGUGUGGUGCAACAGAGUCCUGGCCAUCAGAUCGAGUGCUGAGAACAUGCUUUAUAACAAAUCACAGAAUGGACCUAAAACAACUCGGAUUCUUCUUGUUUGCAGGUCUGUCACCCACAAGCUUUUAACAGCCUACUAGUAAUAUCAAAAUAAGGUUGUCAUUUUAGUAUUGAUCACCACGUUUCGACCGCUUUCUGCUGGUCUUCCACACUGACAGACCGAACAAAGACCAGCAUUACGCGGUUGAAACGUGACGUUCAAUAACAAAAUGACCGCCUUAACACAAACGAUGAUCGAACCGUUUCAUAGACAAAUUACGAUGAAUAUAUUUUUUCAAGCUAUUGUCUUCUUUCUUUUGCCUUUACAACAGGGCAACUUGGCAAAGAGUGAGCGCUGUAAGACUGUUUAUAGAACACACCUGCCCAGGUUCAUCGGCCUGUCACCCAGCAGAUGUUGGAAAUGCAUUUAAGUUGUGGAAGGUGAGAAUCAACCUUGUUCUCCGGAUUCUCUCCUACUCGUCUCCCGGGGACGAGUAGGAAAGAAGCCUGGGAACGAGGUUGGGUGAGAAUAGGUCUUGUAGCAUUCUCCUCUUUCCUAAACGUAAAAAAGCCAUUCACUUUAAUUUGAAACUAGCAGGAGUGUUCCAUUAAGUUGUAAACACCGAGGGUUUAGAUCUGAUUCUGGUCAUUGGACUACCAUAACUGGUUUUCCCAUACAUAGUUUUCACAUAGCAGCUUACAUUUUUGGUGCGAGGGAGCAUCUUGCUCCUGCGUGUCUGAAAUAAGGAGAUAUAUCUAGAAUAUCUAGAAUUAUUGUCUAAUAUAAACUCUCUCCUUACAGGCCUUGGGAGAGGAUACAGACUUUGCAAAGCCACACACCAUGCGAGUCAUUGAGAAGUUUCUUGUUGACUGUAGCGAGGCUGUCAGUAAACGCUAUACGAGGUACGAGUGUGUACAAAACUGUCACUUGCUGGCGAUGCGCGAGGGAAGCAUGUUUUUCGUGAUAUGAGAUUUUACUGUUUUAAAACCUAAAAUGUCGGGAAAGAAAAGUAACUUUAUUAUUAAAGUAUUCUUAUUGAAGAGAGAAGGUUAUGAGAAUAAGUGAUCAACCAAAGGAGAAUGCAUUGAUGUUUACACAAAUCCUCUCAACUCUUCAAGUAACUGUAGGGCGAGAUCGUUUUAGAGAAUUUGUAUGCGGAUAUUGAAGAUAAAAAACAUUCUCUAUUCUUGUGCUUGGAACAACCAAGUGUAGAUGCCUAAUAUGCUGAUGGCAUCAUUUUAAUCAAGAUCAUGAAUUCCUUUUCCACAGUUAUGGUGUCAACACCUGCCCCGUGUGCUUGGAAAGCUUAGUCGGGAAAGACCCGGUCAAAAUACCUUGCAGUCACGUGAUCUGCCUGCCUUGCAUUUCUGAAUGGACAUCACAGGAACGAAGUUGUCCAAUGUGUAAACGACAAAUCCCUGAGGAUUUUAGGAUUCAAUCCAGUAAAAUUAUAAGGUUAGAUUUCUUUUCUUACCUAAAGUCGUUAGUUUCUCAGUGGGGAGUGAAAGGCAGAAAGUUGUAAACUUGGUAACCUGCGUGUAACGUCUCACCUGCAACAAAGGAAAUAACAAACUCGUCUUACCUUACUGCUGAAAGUGUUACUAAUUUUACAGCUUAGAUCAUUUUCCCGGGUUUGAAGCCCGUGGUUCUGGGUGACCUUAUAAAAGCAUAUUGACAAGAUCUUGCAGAACUAAAUGAAACUGACUUAAAAAAGAUCAGCAACUAUGAUUGAAAGUUCGAAACGCGCCAGUUGAGUUUGGUGACUGAGAGGACCAAUAUUUCAAUAACAUCUCCCCUAAAUCGACAAAUCUGUCCUAUGGCCGUUGUUCAGUACUCAAUAUUUCCUUACCUUCUUAGUUGAUUAAGGAGCAAUUGUUCACUUUUAAUUGAGGAUGUCGUUCAGCUACGACUCACUUCAGUUUGAACACGUUUGUCCCUGGAAAUUAUUUACAGAAAGAGACUCCUUUAAAAAGAAUUAAGUUCGUUUUGGAAAAUUCUUCUUUUUACACCAAUUCCAGGAAAGCUGUGAAAGAACACUACGACUUCCGUCGCCGAUGUAACUCUUUCUUCAUGGAGCUUGUUUCAUUAUUUUGUUUUGGUGCUGAAGAUAGUGAAGGUGUAAUGGACCGGGAGUUGUUCGACAUGUUCAUGAGCUACGUGAUUGAAGCUGCUAGUUCAACAACCAGAGACUUCUCUCCUUUCCCUGAGCAUGGUAUUGAUGCAACUCCUGUGGUGAGGUCAUUCCUUCUACAGCAACUACUAAGGACAAGGUGGGUCAUGAACGAAUCUGUUGUUUCAUUUAUAGGAAACUUUCCAUUGGCCAGUGGUUCAUGAGUUGUGAACACUAAUGCAGGAUUUAUUUUCGAUGUUUUCACAUAUUGUCUACUUUGGGCUUAUUCUUGUUGGUAAGGGGUUUAUAAGAGGGCAUAUAAAUGGAGGAGCUUAUAACAGGAAACAGGAAUAGAAAAACGAAACAAGCUUUUGCAGUGGUGAUCAAAAUACGUUUUGCAAUGGUUUUUAAUUAAGCUUCAAAACGUUUUAAUAAAUCGAAUUCUAACAAUAUAAGCUAGAGUUAAAAGUUGGACUUGACUGUAUUUCAUUCAGCCAUGAUCCUAUGAUAAAUACUUACCACUGACAUCAUAGUCUUGUUCGUUCUUUGCAUUUCACUGCAGAAAUUAGACAACUUCUGCGUAGCUUAACUAUCUCUCCUUCAGUAUCAACACCAUCCUAAGCCCUUCCUUCUUUUAAAUGUAAACAGUUCGUAAAAGUAAUAACUACUUUGGUUAGUAUGUUUUCGUUGAUAGCAGCGGUUUAUAUUCAGCAGAAAACUCUUUCAUAUUGUAUAUGUAUAUAUUUGGUUUGUAUGAUUUUUGGUUAGUGAUAAGGAAGUCAAGGAGCAUUUGUCGCUCUAUUUAACGAAGGCCGGAGGACUGAAACCAGAGAUGGACCAUCUGCUGCAAGUCUGUCAGCUUUUUGUACACUGCAGGGAGGUAAACUUUGAAUUCAUUGACAACGACAACAUUUUUAUUGUCUGCAUACACAAGCAGUUGAAUAGCUUGCCCCGCAUAUAGCUGGAAAGCUAGUCGUGGCGGGGCAGGACAAGUACAUGAAUAACAUAUGUCUCUUCCUUAGAGAAGUUUUUAAAUUAAUACGUUUUUGAAAAAGUAUAGUACUCACAGUUUGCUUAUAAUUGCCAACAGUCAUUGCAAUGAGGAAACUAGAACUCAAGGUGAAUGUAUGAAGACUAUAACAUGCGCUGCAAAACGCGUUCAUGGUUUGAAAGAAGCCUAGCAAAAGCAAGCUUACCUUUGUGUUCGUCCUACGUUUGCGAAGAAAAACCUCUGAAAGCAUGGAAUAGAACCAACGGAAAUUCAGUCUAGACCGGGCUAAAUCGAGCAUGGCACACAUUGGUGGUAGGAGAGUGGUCUAGCCACUGCCCCAUCCGUCUCUAAUUUAACUAGGUGUUAAAGCGUUCGCUAUUUUUUCGUCUCGCGACAGAUCUCUUCAAGUAUAAAAGGAUAAGUUGAUUUUCUGUUUUAGGUUGCUUCUCUUCCUUUCUAUGGAUAUCACAAAUCUCAAACGAGUUUUUAAAUAUGAACAUAGCUUGACAAUACCUUGCAUCUCACAUCUCCAUCACGAUGUUCUCUAGGAUUCUCUGAUCAGUCAGUAUUCUAAAACCUCGGAUAUUCUGCUGGUGAUGAUAAAACUUGCACAACAACUUUGUGAUGACUGUACACCGUCGUUGAUUUCAAGCGCACUUCGUCCCACUCGAGAAAUUGAUGUUGAUGUGCUGGAAGGCGUGGCAAAAGCGCGUUACACCUUAGCACUGACUGCCGAAUUUAUGUACAAGAGCACAGUAGAAAACACAGAGCCUUGGAGUGAUCGCCUGAUAAAGAUGGAAUUGGAGACUCUCUUUGAUACUGCAAGGAGACUGUGUUACAAGAGUUUAAGCCCAGCUCCCCGACGUUUCCUCCUCAAGCAAUUGGCAAGGAGGUUUGGUGUGGAGGCAAUUCAUGUGCUGUGUGGUAAGAAGGAGGUUGAGUGGAUCGUACCACCUGAGAGCAGAAACAAGCAGGUAGAAAACAUACCCUAUAACAUAAAUCAUUUUAUUAUUCAAAAUAAUUCUCGGUUUUUGUCUGGCUUAAAUUCACAGAUUUAGAGUUGGUGAGCUAGUUUUCGCCCGAACACAGCCAAUGACCUUUAAGUUUGCUUGUAAUUUGAAACAACUGUAUAGCAAGCUUCUGAAGUAGAGAAAUUUUACCAUACUCUCUUUUUGCGACCACGUGCCAAGACAGUAUUUUUCGCAGAAAUUGGAUAAAAAAGGAUUGAGUUCCCAGUAGAGGGAGACAUUUUUUACUGUAUCAACCAAUUUAACCGCCAUGACGCCAGCUACACACUACCGACUAAAGCCAAUAUAAUUGAUAAGAUAUUUACAAUUUUCUAUCUAUAGUUCGUGCUAAGGUUCUCCUAAACCUAGCUGCUAAUUAAGGGUUGAUUCAGUUACGACAUACGCGUAUAAGCUGUCGCAUUUGCUCGCUGGAAUUUUUUAUUGUUUUUAGGCCCCCAAAACAUAAAAAAUUCCAGCGGGCAAAUGAAUCCACCCUAACAACUGCUACUUAAAACUUGUUUCCAAAGUAGGUUGAGUUUGAUCGUGAUGUUAUUGGCUAUGAAGACUCGUAAUAAGCAAUUGGUGCGUUUCGAUCCGUCUAUAAUCACAGUUAAACAGUCGUCUAUUGUUAGUCAAAUUGUCAGUUCUCCAGUCAUUCUUUUGUAGUUGGUUUUGCCUAAUCUCGUCAAUAAGUCGCUUUUACGGUGCUGGUAACUGUUGGCUACGAUUCAGUGGCGUUUGUUCCAAGUUAGUAAACUAGCUUUCUAAAGGAAGUCGUCGAUGGUAGUCUGUAGAAUACGUAAUACAUGUCGCAGAAUCCCAGUAAAUGGUGUUCAGCAAUGUGAUUGUUGACGUCACCACUCCAAUAACGUUAAUACCAAUAACACCAUUCCUAGCCAAUAACAUCACGGCUCAACUGACAGACGACCAAUAACAUCGCGACGUAAUUGACCAAUCAGAUCAAUAACCAGAGUAUAAUACCAUCAACUGCCGUGAUACAACACACUUUGACUCUGAAGAUGACUACCGCACAGGUUGUCGAAACGUCAGUCACUGUCAACAACAACAGUCCUAUUCAGGACUACGUAACCCGGACAAUCAAACUCAACCUACUUUUGAAAUGACUCCUGUGUUCAAACGUUUCACUGUUAAAACGUUUUAUUUCAAUUUUCAAUCAUAAGCUGAAUUGUUUGGGCCGUUAUAUGGAAAAUACGAAAGUUUGCUAAUCCGUGUGAGUUUACUUCACAAGACAUUUGUUCUGUUGGUGGUUAUUUGUUUGCUGAUUUGAUUGUUUGUUUUCCAGGAACAGGACAAUGUUCCUGACAGGUUUGUGAUUUAUGGAGAAGAAUACAAGAAGAUCAGAGAAGCAAUGGCCAAGACAGUGCUUGGUGGAACAAACAGAGAGCUGACUGACGCACUAAAAGUAUGAACAAAUCUGAAAUAUUUCAGUUAAACCAGCUUUAUUUUUCCUUUUGUACUGUUUAUUCUACUGUUGACUGUGCUUCAGUUGGAAGUGAGGUGAGUUAGGUGACGACAUCACACAAGCUUUAGGACAAAAAAAUUCGGGAUCGUGUUGGUACCCAAUGUAAGCAGUUAUUGGUCGGUAGUCGUCUUUGGAUACCCAUCGACCGAUCGUAAUUAACGAUUGUCCACCCAAAAACGUUCCCUAAAAUCUUUGCGCCGAGAGCUUUUCCUCGAUCUCCCCGUAGUCUAUGAGUGGCGAAUGAGGACGCCCCUGUGCGUGGGUUUUUGUCUGUGACUGAAAAAGCAAAAAAGCAGUUUCACACUUUUUGAGACUUACACUAUGUUUCUUGUGACAUAAUUUCAGUCCGUUGCCGUACCAAACGUUAAAAGAGAGGUUAUGCUGCUGUUGUCUUUAUUCCGUGAAGUUACCACAUGCUAUGGCUUCACUGGCAAAGAACGUCGUCUCUCCAUUAAGGUACGUGUUCCAGAAAAGAAAAAAAAAUAUAACGCGUCGCGAUAAUGGUAUCGUAUUUUUCGAUGUUAUGCCCCUGUCAUAUUUAAAAAAUUUAAUUGAAAUAUAAAAUAUUAACAUAUGGCUGGGGCAUGAUAUCGACAAAUACGAUACCAUUAUCAUUCCAUGUUUCCUACGUUUCUCUUUUCUCCUAGUUUCCUUUUUUGGCCCCGAAAACUGUUUUUAUCCCACUCAUCUGAUUGACUUUUAGUUUUGUAAAAUCGGUACAAAUUGGAUUUUUGCUGGUAGCAACUGCAUUGAGAAUGAAGAAAACAACUUUCUGGAUAAAACAAGGUUGAGUCAUAUUUGAUUAAUAUUUUGAAUAGCUCCGAGGUUUUAACGAUGACUACUGGCGCUUUCUUGGAUACAAACUAAUAACUUUUAGAAAAUAAAGCAUUUUACUUCAUGUUUCUUACAUGUCUUUUUCGUCACACCAAAUAAAACGAGCAUUUGUAUCCUCGUAAACGUUUGUUUCUUUUUUGUUCAAACAGGCCUACCAGUGUCUUCAGGAAUUCAUACAAAAGGGUACAUAUCUGUCUAAAAAUGUAAGUCAUGGAAUGCGCUCUAGCUGUCUGUAACCUUAAACGAAAAUCUAAAGUCGGAGAAAUUGAACUUUCUAACAUGAUGUUUAUGCGCAAAUAUUAGGGACCUUAAGCACCGAGAACUAAACGGACGACGACGACGCUUCCCAACCGAGGCAGACUGGGCCAAGGGUUUCGUUUUCGGUGGGGAAAACGAAGUUUAAGCAGUGCAGCUUCUCAGACGGACGACGACUUUUUCUUUGCGAAGAACUUUGUCUUGUUACAGUCUUGUUAGGGCAUUCAAAGACCUCCGUAAUUUGCAUUUUAUAAGGUAUGAAGAUGGUUUAAUCGACGAUGGCGAAUUCAUUGUUCUUAAGGACCGGAUUAUUUGAUUGUGGAGGCUUUCUCUUCGUCGCGCAACUUUUGUUUUUGUUUUGAAAUGAAGUUAAACCUGUAUACCGAUCUCGAACAGCUCUUGACUUGUAGUUAAGCUAAAUUUCGGCUGCUGAAGAGAAUUCAGUGCUGCUACAAUGUUCUCCCAUAUUUGUCCUCUCUCGGGCUCCUCAUAACCACAUCGUGUUCCAGCUUAGUCCACUGGAAAAUAGUUGCCUUUAAUAGCGGCUAAAAACAACAUGGGAAAUUAUUAAAUCUUAGUACGAAAAAAUGAACAUUUAUCCUAUAGCACAACCUAGAAUGCAUGAGUAAACAUAGGACCGUAAGGGAACGAACAGCAGCUAAUCUAAAAGGUUCGGAAGAUAGCAGAGGAAAGCUUACUUGUCUGUCCGACUUGUUGUUCCGCCAUCACUCAGGUUUUCAAACAAACCGAACCUGCAAAAUAAAUUCAAGUUAGCAGGCGAAGAAACCGACAAAGUGUUUAACAUUUGGACUCUGCUAAUCCACAAAGAAUAUAUUUCUACUUGUACUGAAUGACAAGAGGGGGAAAGAGUGAUUUAGACGCAAAAAGUAUAGUUUUAUACUUACGUUUUAGCGACGACGGCAAACCUCCCUGAAUUACGUCGUCGACGAAGGCUGGACGACGUUUUGACAACCUUACGCAUGCCUAGAAGGUGCGCGCGGGAAAAUUUCACUUCCGGUCGGCGUCGUCGUCCCAUUUCGUCGUCGAUGCUUAAGGUCCCUAUUAUUUCCCAGGAAAAAACUUUCGGUCUCAACGAUACCUUAGGUGAGCUUAUGAAUACGACCCCCUUCCUUGUUCAAUCGCUUCAAAGACCCGGGUAAUAUAGCAAGAUCUGUUUCUACAUACAGUGGCUUUCUUUAAACUUUUCUAUCCUAUUAGCUGAAAUUUUCUGGUCUAGUUUUUUUGCCAUUCUUCCCAACUAUCUUUUCUGGUUAGGCUGUGAGAGUUGUUUUGUAGUUGUUGUUUGUUUCUUUAUGCUCACUUUCCAAUGUAUUGCUUUCUACAGAUCCAACCAUUUGCCGCUCAACUCCUCGACAAUACACAAGGUGCUCCAGGCAUUCCCGGUGUUCGAGUCAGGCCUGGUCGCUCAGCCUUAGAGCAGAAUUUGUCAGAGCUUGUAAUUCACACUACGACUGUGCUUCAGUCCAUUAAUCACGUGACCAUUUGCGAGCCACUGCGACUGCUGAUGGGUAAUCCUGCGGCCGUAAUGGUACAGUUCUGUUUUUGCUUUUCUUUUCUUUUCUUUUCUUUUUUUUUUUUUGCUCUUGAAGGACGGUUCUUACCGAUAGCCAAAAUGCAAAAUAUGAAUUGUAAAUAAAAUCAACGAAGUAUAGAUGUGCUCCUCGCAGUUUUAAGAUAAAGUUGAAAUAAACACGUAACAAAUGCAGGCUUGGCUAGGGUGCGAAACCAAUGACCAGACACACUGCUUUGUCCAAUGGACCAUUUUCACGAUGACGACAUUUGACUACAUUUCGUUUUUGCUUUCUUAAAUUUCUGUAAAUCCCGCUUAGGUUUAAAGGACAAUAGCUCUAAUUUGCGCAAUAAAACAACAAACUGAAAGACUCUUGCAGUUGUAGUAAAAUGACGUUAUCGUGCAAUUGUCCUAUUGAGGUAAUAGGGCACUUAAGAACCGAGAACGGUGAAGCCGGCGAAAACGUCACUCACGCGUUCUUGCAAUCUUCAUCGUCAUCUUUUUGUGUCUUAGAACGCAUACCUACCCACAAUGCCUGAUGACAAUCUGCAAGAAGCAAUGGCGGGAAUGCGAGAGAGUGGAAACUGGUAUCGUAAGUAUCAAAGUGGUUAUCCAAAGGUCGCUCCUUUUAAAUGUAUGUUAAGCAAAAGUAGGGGUGUUCUGUUUCUGUCAGUUCAAAAAUUCGACGCGUUGACGACUGGUAUUAGAUUUGAUAAAAUACUAACUGCAAGUUUAUUGAACGGCUUCAAAACCUGGAGUUUAAGCCCAGAAUAAUUGAGCGGAAGGCACAGUCUCUUGUAUUUUCGUCGAUGAUUUAUAGAGGUUUAGUCUGGAGACGCUCGUGAACAAAGGUCAGGGAUGUUCGACUUCUGAAUACAAAUACAUCGGCAGUUUACAAGUGACAGUUAUAGACAAUGCAAUGUUUGGUGAAAUAAAUAAACUUGGUUUCCCGUGUUAUUUUGUUGCAGAGUGUCCCAAGGGACAUCCCUAUUACGUUGGAGACGUAAGUGACGCUUUUUACUGCCAUUUAAAAGUUACAAGUUUAGAACAAGACUUUUACCGUGGUCAGCAACUCUACAUAUCUGUUUUCAUGGUUUAUUUUUUACAUAAAUGUCAAAUCACAAGUUUCUCUUUCUCCUAACAAUGUUCUGCUAGGUUCCCUUGGUCUUAGCGGUCGCUCAAGAGACCGGAUUCCAUACCAGGCAACUGAGUAUUUCUCAUGCCCCUUAGACAUGUUUAUUGUUAUCCUGUUUCCUUACCUUGCAGUGUGGCCGCCCUAUGGAAGUGAGGGCUUGUCCUGAGUGUAAAGUGACUAUCGGUGGUACCCAACACAAACCCUUUCGAGGAAAUACCACAGCUGAGAGGUAUGUAUCGUUAUCGUUAUCCUUUCCGCGCCGACCUUGUAUAAAUGAACAGAAAAUGACAGGAACUUAAAAGAGGCUAACGACAUGCGUAAAUCCUUAAGCAAAGUGUUAGGUUCAAGGAGUCUUCAAGGUAAUCGUAGUAUUCUGAAAUGGCCCGGCUAUCUUACUUGGUAAAAGGUUGUAAUCUCACACAGCUUCAUAGAGCUUACCACUAUUCAGCAUAAGCAAGUUCUCUUUUAGGUGGACUAAAUGCUAGCUCAUCUCUUGGUGAUUUCCAGGAUUAUCAGCUCGCCACUAACUACUCGCUGCCAUAGAUCUCUCUUAAAGAGAGGGAUCUAUACAGUGGAUAAUGCAAUUGGUAUCCCAAGUGCUUAUCAACUGGUUCAACAGCUGGACAAAUUUAUCCUUUGCAACAACUUGAGACUACAAUCUUGGACAAAACUGUUGAGAAAAUUGUAUACUUGGGGAAAAUUUUUCUAAACAUCGAAGCUGUAUCGGUUCGUCCCUCUCCCCCUUCCACUGAAAGCAAUGUUGUUGUGAUUCAAAAGAAAGCCUGAUUCCUGGGCGUUUGUAGGAAGCAACAUUGAACUGGAGGAAGGAGAUUUCUUUCCGCAAAGGCGUCGUUUUGGAAAUAGUUUUGUUGCGUAGAAAAGUGGACAUGAUGGGGAAAACUUACUCAAGUAGUUUUUUCUGGGAUUGUAGGUUAAGAGAUCGACGCGUUGGUUUGUAAUUGCAAUUGUACAUUACGAUUUUAUAGUAUCCAUUCCCUUCGGUGCUUUUCAUGGAUAACUAGCAAAACUGGGGGGGGGGGGGGACUUUAGCCCCACUGUUUAAUGCUCAAUUUAUAAUUGAUAAAGCAAUGAUUUAUGAAUGCCACCUGAUCUGAAAGUGAAGUUGAGAUAGACCACCACACCGGAGACCGCAUUCUCGACUCUUUACGAACAGUGUGUGGGUUCUUUAUCGUCCCAGAAAAUUUUAUGUGAGCUAGGGCUGUGAGACAGGGUCUACGGUUUAUCGUCCUUAGCCGAGAAGACUAGGAAGUCCAACCGUUUGCAGAUGUCAUGACAAAGGCAGCACUCUCUCCUCAGUUAUUUAAAGACCCUGUCUGUUGGCUUGGCCGAGGUUUGAACCCGCUGCCUUUCGCUCGGUAGAUGUACGCUAAUCCAACAAGAUAACUGGUUGCCGGGUUACUGCUAAGGGUAGAAUCCUGACGUUCAGAGAUAAAGUGUGAUGCUCAUUAUUCUUGUCAUAUAGUGGGUUAACCAGACACAUCGGAAAUUAGUUUGCUCAAAUCGACUCAUCACAUUGAUCAUGAAAGGUCUUUUUACAAGUAUAUUUUUCUUGUUCUGUAGGGCUGACCGCACAAUGACUGGCCAUGUUCUUGGUCAUUCCAGUAAAAGGGCCAAAGGUUUGGUUCCUGAACGAAACCUUUCGUCCGUAGUUGUGGGAGUCACAAGGGUUCUUAUGCAUUGCGCUAUGAUAGAAGGAGCCUCCCGCCAACCACAGGUGAUUAAAAGUCGCUUUUUAUGUAACACACGCUUCUAUUUUAGAGAAGCAGCUAGAAGCUGUCUCAUGGAAUUCCCUGAAACUUUAGGGGCCAAGCAGACUAUUUCCGUAGUUGCUUUCAAAUCCCUUCCUGGAAUAAUCCGUUUAGCUCGUCACUGCUGACAAAUAAAUAAAGCAAUUGUCGCAUUUUGUUAUUUAGUAUCUGGAUUUAUAUAUAUUUUCGAAGCGUUGUUGAUUUAUACUAUAUUGCUAGAAUUACCCAGUUAAGCAAGGCCUUUAAACUGUGUAUUGCCACCGAAGUUAAAAUCAAAUGAAAUCAAAUAUGAAUACCAGUCAUGUAGAAGAGGGUAAAACAUUAAUAUUUAUGAUAGCAUGAAUGGAUAACUUGUUUCUCACUACAUCUGUUUUGCGUCCCUGUUUAGGGUUUGGGUGCCCUCAUCCAACCCACAGUUCCCCCCGCGGCCUUGGCGCAGUUUUUAUGGGAUCACCUCCAAAUGGACCUAGAGCUUCUCGCCAAAAGCCUUGGACGAAGUGUAGAUGAUACAGUUCUUUGCGUUCACAUGGUUCUUGUGCAAAUGACCACGCUUAUUUCUAACCGUGAGUUGAAAAGCACAGUCAAACACCGACCAAAAAUGACAACCAUACCAUGGCUAAGGGAUCAGAGGGUUUUGUGUUGUGCUUAAAUUGGAGUUACCUAACGUUACUUGUGUUAAUUAAGUUAAACUAGAAAUUCAAAAUGUUAAAUGCUAUAAAUGACUGCGUUGCGUACAGGUAUUCGCACUUACGCGGAUCUAUUCGGAAUAAGCUUACGCAUCUACCACGCAUCACUUGAAUAACUCUGUUAAGUCGAAACUUAUUUUGCUCUCACUGUUCAAGGACCUAAAAUGUCCACGUUAUUUGUGUUAAAAGUGCACAGAAAGCAAUGCAUAUAAAUAAUAUGGGCAACUGAAACAUUUAAAUACUUAACUGACCAAACUUUUUAAAAAUGCCUAACGAGAUCCAUUGAAUUUCUUAACCCCCUAUGAACCCGUGUUCCCUGAGUAGUUCUGGUGAAAUUUUUUAAAAAGAGAAGUUCUGACACUUGAUGACAUGAUCGUCUUUGUAUCACCAGUCUUUGAAAGAUGGAGGGGGCAUCAGUGAAUCCAUAGCAUUCUUGGGCUCGACGAGGGGAUGACGAAAAAAUCCAGCGACAUUUGAAAAGAGCAUGGCAAAGAGAAGAAAUAACCACUUCUUAUUUUAAUCAACUUGAGUUAUUGGAAGUUUUUUUUUUCGUUAGAAAAUAAACCCUGCAGCUUCCUACAGGUCGAGUGUCUAUGUGUCAUGCAAGAAAGGCGUUCGCUUCACACGAAGAAAUCUUUUACCCGUUUUCAGAUCUCUUGCUUUUAUUUUAGGACAACCAGUCGUGAAUGUCGCCCCUGAUUUGAGGUCCAAAGAUUCUCGAAGAAAAUGGGAAACAGCUUUCAGCAACAGUGUGGUGGCUCCAGUGCUUACGGUAUGCGGACUUUACUUUAUUAUAAUAAUAUAAUUAAUAAUGAUAUCAUUUUGAUGCUUUUGGAUUUUCUUAUUUGAUUCUCACUUCUUAAGAACUUCGAGGGAAAGAUCCAAAAUUGCUUGGAAAUGAUGGUUGGAGACAAUCGACUGGGUAAGUUUUUACGUGUUAUUUCAAAGUGUACAUUAUUUAUUUAUUUAUUUGUCUAUAUUUUUGCUUUUAGUUAAUAAUUUUAGAGAACCCACUAACCACCCAAUGCGACGAGGCUGAAGUACACAUUAAAGUACACGAAGGAAUGCUCGAAAAAAACCAAGCCCCCUAGGAGGAAUCGAUCUCACGACCCUCCAAUCACCUUUUGACGACUCUACCCACUGAGCUAUGGGUGACUCAUAUAGUGAGCAGGACGUACACUUGAGGUAGUCACAGGACUUCCCAUCUCAAGAGGACACAGGUCACUUAUCAAAGCAAAGCUAAAGACCUGCAUAUCGUAAGCACCUAAACUAAGAGUUGUAAACACUUAAUAGAUUUAGUGAUUCAACCACCCAAUGCGAUCACUAAAUCUAUAACUGACACAACUCUUAUUUAAUUUGCUUUCGAGAUACAGGUAAUUUAGUGAGUGUUUUGCCUUUGAUUAGUGUCCACUGUACUCGUUACAUGCGAAAUUCUGAGUACCUCAAUUGCACCUCACGCUCACUAUAUGAGUCACUCAUAGCUCAGUGGCUAGAGCCUCCAAACGGUAACUGGAAUCUCGUGGGUCAGAAAAGUUUAACCGGGUCUUUGUGUACGUUAAUAUCUACUUCAGUUUUUUCAGUUAAUUUACAUUUUCAUUAACUGUUUUAUUUAAAUCCGUUUUGUCCUUAUAGAAAACAUGAUGUGCUUUCCGCGUCGUGUAGUUUUGAAAAGCAGAAAACCCCAUUACGUUAAAUGUAUCAUUCCGAUUCUUUCAGGCAACAACCCCCUGAUGCGCCAGCUAUAUGAGGUAGACAUCACACCUGAUGAUCUGUCUGUGAGUAUCUCUCCUACAUGUCCCGCACUGUGGAGAUAUCGAACUCAGGUGACUCUCGAUCACUUGUCACACACUUUUCAACAAGAGGUGGCCUCCACCGAUCCCGAGAGGAACAAAGUGUUAGCAGAGUUUUUACGACAGGUGAGUGCAAGUUAGGUUGCAUUUAAGGAGCUUUGUUACCAGGCUAUUGCUGUCUUGGGUCAAUGCUGUUUUUAUUUAGAGACUUUUCCCAUACACAAAAUGCUCCUGAGGAGUUAUGAAGAAGAUACCGAAUAAGUGUCAUCAGGGAGCACUAUUAAACCACAACAAUUUUCGGUUGAUUUUUGCAGGCAUAGCACUGAAAAUUGAGUUUCACCAUCCUCGUCAUCAGUUACAGAGGAUAACAGGAAAAAGUUCCUCUUCCUAAAUCUUAAUCAGGACCAUUAUUUUUGGAAUUCAAUUGAUGCUAAAACAAGUUUUAACUUUUUAAAUAUGUAGCAAAUAGAGUGACAUGGCCCCUCUACUUAAUUGGUUUGUUGACACCAAACGAUUUUGUCAUCGAAAUCAACGGCUGCAAAGGAAUGUUACUAUUAAAGACAAAGUGAUAAGUUAAUAACAGUGUGGCACCUUGCAGCAAUAAAAAUUGUCUGUGAACAGUCCCCCGAGGGAGCUACAAUCAGGGACCAACCUAGUUGACACACUUGUUCAAAACGGGUGCUUUUAACAAACAUUUAAUUCAUUUAUUAUUUCAUUCUUUUUAAACGCCGUAAAUCCCCUCACCCCCCGAAUCAAUGUUGUCUGAAGUAAAGAAAAAAGACGUGAGGGUCCAACAUUCAACAUUGAUUUUGGGGGGAAGGGGUUGGGGUAGACAGGGGAAGGGGAUAAGUAUAUCCACUAUGCAAAAAGGGGCCAUUUUAUGGAAGUGUGUCAACACUUUUGUCCCUCAUUGUAGCUUUUUCUUUGUCCUGUAACCCACUAUAGACCUUGUUCACAGGCCGCAAUAAAAACACUGCCCAACUGUCUACGCCCCUUCGAAUCAAUUUAAGCCCUUUUCAAUAAACUAUGUACUUUUGUAUUCGCGGGUAAUGGAUAUUUAUUAGUGUAACACAAGACGUAGAAAUUAUGAUCAUCUCCUUUCUCCUCUUUUUUAGGAACACAAUCUCCGUGCCCUUCGCUUUUUGCCAGAUAUCAUUAAGCUACAGCGUCUUCUCAUGGAAAAAUUCCAUCGCAGAAUCGACAGAGCAGAAGCAGAGCAUAUCACAAUUCGAAAUUUCCUAAAGAUGAUUCCUUCUGGUAAGUUUAUUGUCCGAAUAUGAGAUUACCUAACAAUAAAUGCCUGGCAACUAAUUAUAAUCACUGUGGAUAGAAACAAGGAACAAAAUACUUUCUUUUAUGAUUUAGAUUUCAACGGAACUGUCUUCAUUUGACUAUUUUCUUUGGAUUUCCUUUGUAUCAUAUAAAAGCCAUGCCUCAGGGUUCGAAGGGCUAGUUUGUAUCACAAAGAAAACAUCGGUGGAUGAUGCUUUAAAGUUUUUAUUCAGAUUUAAUGCGUGGUAACAAACUUAUUACCUGGGUAUUUUGUUACUUUCUUUUAACAAUAGGAAUCUAUUGUUUACACGUGACAAAGCAUUUUAUCAUGAUUUAAAUGAUACCUCAUGGGUUCUCGAAUUACGGCAGUAUGUGAGGGCUUCAUGUUAUGAAACUGUUCGGAUAAAUUGUCCAUGCAGAUAACAAUAUCUCGUACCUUUUGUUAAGCUUCAAAAACAUAACAGCAUAGAAUAUUAUGUUGAUUCUCUUGUAUUUGUAUGAACAAAACGAGUUUGGUUUUCCUUAUUCAAUUUGAAUUAAGAAAGUAAAAAAUGAAAACUUUCUUAUGGUUUCCCAGGACAGAAAAAUCGUGGGUUGUAUCACGUGAUACCCGUGCUCCUUUCUGUUACCGUGUGACCAAAAAUAGCCAGUAAAAUCGGGCCA